CAAUGUUUGUAUUUUCAGCCACCACAAAUUCUAGAAGAGUUUUGCUGCGUGUCCUAAAAAACGGAUUACUUCAAAUAAUUCGAAUGUAUUGUUCUAAUUAAUGGUUGUAAUUAAUCGACUUAAUCACAGUCAAUUACCGUGCGAUUAACGCCAUCCGAGACGAUUUGUAUAUGCGAGAUAAUUAAAGCAUUGUUUCGGUAUUUGACAGAUUGAUAUAUAUUGCAACAGUUUGUGUUCACUAUAUGCUCACCAAACAACGACACUCGAGAUUUCUUAAUCCGUCAAGUGAUGAUACUUUACCUCUAGACAUACAUGUAUAUAAACUACUGAGGAGAUAUAACCAUGCCCACAGCAUCACCUGAAUAUCAGAAUCGCGGCACUGGCAAGCAUUCUAGUCGGACGUAGAAACUGUAAACAGAAACCAGCUUGGAUAAACAAUGAUUUUACAACAACUACUGAACUACGGAUUUCUUUAUAUAUUCCUAAGUUCUUGUAUUCAAGCAUGUCCAGAAUCAAUGCAAGAAGGAUGGAAACAAUUGCCUCUGGUCGAGCGCGCAAGAAAAGCCGACUUGGUCGCGGUCGGGAAAGCAGUUGAAAUACACAACGAUAAAUUAAGAGAAAUUAAUUUAAAAACUGGAGGUUUUCAUUUAUUCCGCAUACUUAAAGGCUAUAAAAUCACAAAAAAGAUUUAUGCAAAUAACAGUGAUUCACUAUUUUAUAUCCUGGGUUUUGGCAGCCCAUCACUAUGUUACACACAUAUUGUGAAAGAUGAAACAUACUUGUUGUUUGCUAAGUUUGAACCAGAAACAAUGUCGUUGUAUGUUCCUUGGCAAAAUCCUUUUGAGGGAACAGCGGUGCCAACCAUUGAGAAUGAAGAUGAAAUACUAUCAUCGCAGGGUAAGCAAAUUUUAAUAUGAGAUGUGUUGUUUAAUUAAAUGAAUAUUUCUCCCAGUAUUGCGUUUUCGUGCGUGUUUUGAAAAGUGUAAGAUUUUGCGGAAGUUUAGGAUUGUUUUUAUUGGAAGUUCCGAGUGCUGAAUAACAUUAAUCUGAGCGCGUUUUAUGUUAAUCGGUCCGUAUUACUUGCGUCGUAAUAAACACAUCUGUGCGUACUUAGAUUAUUUUGCAUCUAGAGUGUAUCAUGACCUUGAUGCACGAACUCAACCAGGAAUGUAGCUUUUUGUUGGAAGUCUUAAAGCGGCUUAGUUCCAUAUUGAGCUGAUGAAGGACUCGUAGUGAGAAACAACCGAGGGUGCUUUAAACUGGAGACGUUUUAUCAACCUGAGGUCCAUAUGUAAAGUUUCAUGUUUAUAAUUGCAUGACAGUGUCAUGUUCGCUCCAAUGCAAUUAAGUAAAGAAAUGUCAGCAGUAAAACUGUAUCUUAUUGAGUCCGUUGAAGGAAGAGUAUUUUAUUAUAUUUUUUCAGGUAGUUGUACUCUCGCAAUUCGGAGUUAUCUUAUUUUAUUAUAGAAUUACAAUUAUUUCUUAAGUGGAAAUUAGUCGCGACAUUCAUUAGUCGACAUUAAAUAUCACACGGUUCCACACGGUGGCUCACGCAAAUAUCUAAAUACUAAACCAUUAAUAUCUAUAUAUAGAGCUAUGAUGAUCUUGGUAUCAAACUGCUCUGCCAACGGACAAAUGUUUUUCAUCUUUACAAAAGCUUGCAUGCGGCAGAGCCAUAAUAAAUGCGAAAUCAUUUUAAGAUCCGUUUAUGAUAAAAUUUGAUAAGUUUUUAUCUUGACUGAUCAUUUUGUCGGCUUAUUUGCCAAUACAUAUAUAGAUCUUUGUCUUUGCCAUCUGUUUUCAUUCAUUAAGCUAGUUAGUACACCGCUUACUAAACUGAACCUUUCAAGGAUUGAGUUGUGACGACUUUAAAAUAUCAAUAAUUUGUACGAAAAUUCCUGUCAGCUCUCAGCGUGACUUUUGCUCACCAAUGGUAAAGUAAACCUAGUACAAUACCGGGACGUGUUGUGAGUUUAGUUUCAUUCAACACAACUGCAAAUACGUUUUGAAUUAGUCUAAAAGUAUUCAUUAAACGUCGGCUACAUAUCUUUAACAUUCCCUUUGAAAUUCGGAAAAUUUCUGUUUUGUAAACAUUGUAGACUACAUGUUUAAGUUGCGUGAUGUGUGUGCACAUGGUAAUUUAUUCAAAAGACUCUUCAGCAUAUUCAAAACAACACUAUACAAGUAUUAAGUUUUGAAGACGGAAAUCUUUUGUGUACGUUUCGUAUUAUCGCAAUGUUAUAAUGUGCAACAGAAUUGAAGUGAAGGAUUCACUUCGCAUUUCCAAGGUCAGCAUUAAUGCGAACAAUGUGGUUGUGAAAGUAUAUUUAUGGUCAAUAACAAUGCUUCGUCAUGCGGAUAUUUAAUACCGCAUUAACAUUAAAUUUGACAAUCGGACCACGUAUAAAAUAAGUUAGCCGGUCUACUGUAACUGAACACUUUUCUUAGUUCUUUCUCACGCAGAAUUAUUGAGCGAAAUACUGACUUUUGUGACGAAAGUGUAUUAAUUAAAAUAAAAAGGGAAGAAUAAGAAAGUGUGAUAAUGGACCAUUCGUAAGAAAUAUUGGCAAACAAUCUCAUUAAUAUUGGCACAAGUAUAGUUUUCGUAUUUACUAUACCACGAAAAGCGAGGGAAAAAUCUCGACAAAAGUUCUUUAUGUGACGGCACAUUGCAUGGGAAUAUUAAUUGCAGACCUAAUGAUGGCUAAUAAUUCAUUUUGCAUAAAUAAACAUGUAAAUUUUGCGAGCUCGUGUCGUUCUAUUUUUAAUUUAAUAUUGUUUACUUUCUGGAACAUUUUCUUAACAUCAAUAACCAGACCAGCCUUUAUUUACAAUCGCCGCUACAUAUUUGUUUGAACAACCUCCAUUUAUACUAGGAAUAGUAUGGAUACCGCAGUGGAAACAAAAAAUACCUAUAGGCUAUACUUUGUAGAACAACUAUUAUUAAUGCAUGCAUCAGUGACUUGCUCACAUUCAUUUCACUUUGUCCAAUCGUCUGAUGCAGUACCCCUGAACAGUUAACUAUAUAGCCACUAGAUAAGGCAUUGCCAAUGGCUUUAUCUCAUCACAACUCUUUUGUAAAAUAUCUGCCGUUAAAAACACAGAACAAUAACUUUGAUUUUUGGAAAAACGAAAGAACAAGCUAAUCAAAGUUAUUGCACAAAUGCCUGCUAGGCGUUACACAACCGGUCCAUAUUUUUUAUCAGCGUCCAGCGAAAUAUUAUAGAACUUACAUUAAUUGACUUGAGCCAUUGAAGGCAUUUCCUAAGUAGCAUUAUAGCCCCGUAUAGGCAUGUUAAAUCAGACAAAUUUUGUUCCAACUUAAGAAUGGAGAAUUUGCGUAAACGUAUCAAGUUACUUACUAUAUACCACGGUAUUUUCGCACGUCAAGUUGUAAAGGCUUUCAUGGAAAAUUAAUCAUGAAAAUGUAUAUCCUAUAAACUCAAAAGAUCAAACUCAUGCUAGACCUGUUCGCAGGAUUGGUUCACACCACCAGGAGAUACUGAUAUCAUCUUAAAUCUGACAAUAUCAACAUAAAAAUUCUCACCCUCCCUGAGUCUUUUAUAAACCGAAAUACCGCUGUUGAUUUUCUAAACUAAAUUCGUCUUCCCAACAUGGUGCACUAGUUGCAGUUUACACUGUCAUUGAACUAUGCAGCAGAGUUGUGCUCAUGCACGUUUAUUUAAGCGUGCUGAGCUUACAAAUUCAAGGUGGUACAAGAAAUAUAAUCUAGACCCCUGUCCCUGCUCUUUCAAAACCAUGCUGGUCACGGAACAUACUAUAUAUACACAUUUGCUUGCCACUUGCAUGGUCAAGGCAAUUCGGCAGGUAUUAUCAGCUUGAACACGUGUUUUCGUUUUAAUAAAACAACUGGCGUCAACUGAGUUUAUGUUUUAAAUUAUGUAUAGCAGUCAGUGCAUAUUUUAAGGAUUCUUCAGUGCAUGGUGGGGCAAAACUGCCAAAGGGCCCACUUUCCAUGCCCUCCCCUAGCAUAGUAUGCGAUCGCCGAAGGUGUGAGCAGAGUACCGCAGGCACGAGUUAGCUAGGGGGUUGAAGCUGGGGGCAUGUCCCCCCAGGAAAUUUUUAAAAUUUGGGACUCAGAAAUAGCAUUUCCUGCAUUCUGAGAACACAUUUAUUAAAAAGUCUCAGCUUCUCAAAACAAAGUUUUAAAUGAUGAAAUUUGUAAUAAAUUGCAUGCUAAACAUUCAAACAUAACAUAAGUUUUAAGCAUGCUCACCAACAAAUUUUGUUUUUUAAACUUCUUUUCAAUGUUAAUUAAACUCAUUUACUCAAUACAGGUCCUAGGGCCCUGGCUUUGGGGCAAAAGGCCAUUUUUUUCCUUCAGUGGUGGGGCAGAGGAAGGGGCCCAGUGGGGCAAAUGCCCCACCAGUCCAUGGUAUUAAAAAAUGCCUUGAUAGCAGUUUGCAGUAGUAUCAACGUAGAAACAAUAGCAUGAGACAAAUUUACAUAUUAUACAUGGCCAUUGGAAUGUGUAGAUAUUCUAGAACUAGAUGAUCGAUCCUAUCCAUGCAAGAACUUGAUAACAUGGAAAGUGUGAAAUGUUUUUCUUUAAUGUAUUUAUUUUAUUCGCCACCUUACCUUAUAUAUGUGCAAACAAAUGCCAAGAGGAAAGCUAACAAACAAUUGCCCGAGAUAUAUGUACUGUAAAAUGGAACAAAACUGAAGUAAAUUGGAAUCCAAUGGCAAUGAACUAUAUAGCGGUGGUAUAACUAUAUUUGCAAGGUUAUUAACUGGUAAAAAUAUUGUGAAAACUUGAAAACAAAUUUUUGAACAAAAAUAGAUACAUUUCCUAGAUAAAACAAAUUAUAUAUAUGAUUAAACCUUAAACAAGGGAGCUGUAUGCGCGUUAUAUACACGUCAGGGUCUAUAAAAGAAGGGUAAUCCAACUUUGCCUUGUUAGCGCGUUAGAUAUUCAUGAAGUUUAUUGACUGAAAUCUUCAUAACAAUAAGGCCCAGGUUUUUAUUUUUCAAAUUGCGAUCGCAAAUGGCUAAAUACAAUCCGAUUUAAACUGCCUGGUCGACAUUGAAUGCAUACAAAACCUAUUCACUGUUGUAUGUGAAUUGAAAUUAUUUUUAUUUGAACUCUCGCGGCAUCAAAUUAAACAUGCACUUAAAAAAGUGGUUUUCCAAGUCUUAAUAACUUUCAAUGACUUUAUAAUAACGGCAAAUUUAGUUUUUAAAACAUUUUCCUAAAGACUUUUGCACACUGAACCCAUGAUGUCUAUUAACACUUUCCAAAUAUAGUCAACCGGUAUUUGUUCGAAUAUUAAUAAUGUUCGAAAAUUGGAAGAGGCAUUGUAGAUCUUUGUAGUUCGUUUUCUUUCUAUAUUGUAGUUUGUUUUCUUUAUAUAAAGUUGACUAUAGGGAAUCUUAAAAGGGGCAUCGUGGACAUUUGGAGAUAGUAGGGAAUCACACUAAUAUAGAAAGAAAAAAAAAAGCCUCUGCGAAGGAGAGUGGACCGACCUGCAAUUGCGUCAUGCAAUGAUACAAAAAUGGUGUCAUUUGUUUAUACAAAAAUGGUGUCAUUUUUAUUUCCUUAUCUUAAUAACUGAGUAUGUAAAACGUUCAUUUACGUUUUAAUAACUAGGCAACGUUCGAUAACAGGCCAAAGUUGCAUGAUUAGAUUUUUAAACUUUUUUAUACGCUCUUCAGUCAUGUUUCGAAAUUAAUAAUUAUGAUGCGCUGAAUACCGUUGAAUGCCCCACGCAUAUAUAUAUAUAUACGCAUUAUAAUGCAAAUAUGGAUAUAUUGAUAAAAAUUAUCAUAUAUUUUAUUUGGGUCAACAAGAAGAUUUAUGAGUUUUUUCGGCAAGCUAUAUUAUGCAAUUCGACUUCGUUAAUCGCUUGGAAAUUUAUAAUAUGACGCAAAAACACAUUUAUGAACAUUAAUCCGGAAUAAAACACCAAAUAUUAGUUGUAUUAUCUCGCAAAGUUGGCCUUCAUAACUGCAUGGUUAAGCUGGCCUGUACUUAGUUGUUGAAAGGAAAACUUUAAGAAGUGGGCGUAACUGUAUGAAUGGUGCUUGAUAUGCACUCGCAACUGACAAAGUAGGUCCUUUUACCAUUUUAAUACAAUCUUCAAAGUGUAUAGAUGCUGUCUAGAUAUCAAUGUUCGUCGUUAGAGUAUGGGAUUGAUAUUCCUUAAAUAGCCAAAUUUCAAUCAUGUUCUUUCUGCCGUUCAAUUUAUGGGUUUAACUGAUAAGAAGACUUAAAGGAUUAAGACUUUGGGCUUAUAAAUGAUGCGCCUACAAUGCUUGUGAAAAAUUUUAAGUAGAUCUUAUACAUUUUGCCCUAUAAGUAUUUGACUAUUUUACACUGCGGUGUCGACACGAGGCCUGAGUGUAGCAGCUUGUCAAACACUAGACCUAACCUCUUAUAAAUGUUAAAUUAAACAACUAUAUUGAUUUUGAAAUUUAUAAUCCGCGAAUCAGUGCAGGUUAACUAGGUUCUAUUUCUAGGUGUGGUCCUCGAAGAACAUCUGUCAUAGAAAUAUUUCACUUAUUCGAUCCGCGUUUGUUGCAAGCUAAUAUCUAUAUACGUAUAAACAUUAUCAUGAAUUAUUAUUAGUUGCAGAUUCAUGCAGGACACGCAUUAAAAAAAGUGACUUUCACUGAAGUGUUUUCAUUCCGUGUAAAUAUUAUUUAAUGAUGAUGACGUCCAAGCCAAUUGGAUUAAUUUAUAAAUCGAGUUUCUGCCUUGCUCGGACGGUUUUAACGACCUUAUAUUUGUAGUAUGUUGACAGAACACAUAUAAACGGUCUUAUGAUUUCGAUGCAAAAUAUUCCAAGAUUAUGCAAUGUGACGUCAUAGUGAGGAUAGUUGAUAUCAAAAACCGUUUCAAACUAAGAUAACUUGGCAAAGCAAUUUGAAUUAUUUGCAACAGUGUAAUCAUAAAAAUAGCCUGGAACAAGUUAUGUGUUAAAUCAAACUUUCAAUAAAACAUUUCUCUCCAUCUCCCUCAAGCAUAAAUCAAAGCGAAGGGAAAAUUUUAUCAAUAGAAAUAAUCUAUCUUCUUACUCAAAGAAAACGAUUAAUUGUUAACAAAAUGCUGCCAGUUUUGUAACGCAGUAAAUCAGGAUAACGGGAAAUGCUGUAGCGAUCCUUGUGUAGCGAUCCUUGUGCCACAAAUCAAACAUGCUCCUCCUUGAUCGUGCUGCCCAAAUUAGGGGGCAGGGGAAACCGAUCCUUAAAGAACGUCAAUACUGAUAUUAGACACUCCUUUAUCGAAUUAUUUUGAUAUUUCAGUGAAUGGAACAUAUAGGUUAGGUAAAACUGUUGUCAGUGCUUUCAAUUUAAAUAAUCUUUAAUCCAAAUGAUCAACAAACCAACCUCGUUGCCAUUACCGAGUCCUGAGGGUCUUUGCCACCCACAACGAAGGCGUUACUUGGCAGCAGAUGUGGUCAACGUCCGAACUGCUGACAAAGCCCGUUCACACGAGGUCAACAUGUUGUUCCUACAUGUUGGCCUCGUUUCAACACUAUAUUGAUUAAUGUUGGCCGCUGUUGAUUUAACUUUGUUUGAAAAUUUCAUCCAGCACUGUUUAGCAUUGUUGGAACGAGGCUUUAAAGGACCAAGCAAAUUAAACCACUUCUCAAUUCUUUUUAUUGACCACCGAAUAUAGAAGUCCACCACAUAUAACGAAAAUAAUGACCUUAUGUUUUCACUCUGAUAUUAAUUGUCGAUUGUUACUGUUGUCGUCGUUGCAUGUCGUCGUUGCAUGUCGUCGUCGUCGUCGUCGUCGUCGUCGUCGUCGUCGUUGUUGUCGAUAAUGUUUAAAGUUACCUAUUUACUUUCAACAUUAUCUUCUUGUUUAAGGUUGGCGAUCCUGGUCAGGCUGGUCCUCGUGCUCAGUUUCCUGCUCAGGCGGAUGGGAAAGUAGAACAAGAAUAUGCACGACAGGAAAUUGUGAUGGAUUCUCAACUGGGCAACGACCCUGCAAUAACUAUGCAUGUGACGGUAAGUUACAAAUGUUAAAUGAAGUAACUUUCGUCUUUAUAUUGCCUGGUUCCGCACAGGGACAAUCAAUUCAACAGGGGCCUCACAAUGCUAGAUUCUUGUGGUUACAAAUAAUACUUCGAACCGGAUUUGAAUUAGUGAGCUAGGGAUAGUUUCUAUGGACCAACCACAGUCCACAUUGCCACAUUUUCUGUACAUCUAAAUAUAGUCAGUUUGUUUGGAAUUUCUCCAAACAUGUGUUGGACCAAACGACAAUUGUUUAUAUAAACAACGAUUUACAACAUUGACAUUGAAGAACACGUUCUCAAAUUAUAAUAUUUUGCCACACGCAGAUGAAAAAUACAGUCGUUCGAAACAUGAAAAUUUGCUCGUGUGUGAAUCAACAGUUACAAGAAGUCAGCCUUGUUCCCAAGGGCGGGACACAGCUAACGUACACGAGCCAAAAAUAUGGGGAAACCAGGCGGGACAGUCUGUAUGCAUGAGCGAGAAAUGAAUAUGUUUGCCAAAAAACAGCAUGCUGGGAAUGUGCGACCAAAUUUUUUUAUCGAACUUAACAUCAUGAACCUUUUCAGGUUCGAUGCCAGAAUCUUGUUGUGUGUUUAUCCAAUGACAGUGCAAUGGUUGUACCGUUGCAGGCUAAAACUUCCCGCAUUUUUAGCUUCGCUACUAUACCAAAUAAACUUCAAGUUCUGCCCUCUGGGCUUUCAUUUAAUUUUUACUUCCACGUGCAAGCCUCCAUGUUAUAUUAGCAUAAAAUACAACGCAAACAAGACGCGUACCAUGAAUAAUAUAAUGCACUGAUUAAUAAUGGUAUGAUUAUUUCGUAUAAACAUUCAUCACAACAUAGAACUUCAACAAAUCAGGAUAAAAAAUUGAGUCUUGCGGAUUACUUUGAUAUAUAGCAGGAUGCAAGGCCAAGGGGAUUGGGAAUUUCAAGAAAUGAUGGGAGUCGGGAUUAAAUCUAUGGAAAACGUGCGGGAAGUCAGACAAUUUGAGCACGUGAUACGAGAUUUGAACCUAACGCAUGUCUCGCCAGGAACGCAAAGUUCAAACAAGAAGGCGUCACCAAAUAUUUUGUCUUGUAUUUUGCUGUCGAGGCAAAAACGGUUUCGUUUAAGAGCGAUUAUUUUGUAAUGAUUGUAUAAUUGCGAAAUAAUUUAUCAAUACUAAGAAAAAUGUGCGCAAUAACAUGGCAAUGAAUUUUUGAUCUCAUAUGGAAAACAACAGGACUUACGAGUAAUGAGUUAAUGAAUUCAAUGUGGCGCCUCCUUUUUUUACCCUUGUAUCAUAUGAAGGCCAAACUUGUAGUGUUGUGAAACGGUGUUUUGUUUGACUGUUAGUUGGUCGUGCAUGCAUGUAUCAUUGUAUGUAUGCAAAUCUUCAUGUCGUCAUAAUUUUCACACUGCAGUAUAUUGUAGAUUUUCGGCUAGAGAAUAAUAUAUUUAAUAAAGGAAAGAUCGUGCGAUAAAUAGAGCCACGUUCACAUGAAGUGAUAAAGGGGAACUGCAUCUAAAUGAGAGACCACAUACUAUUUUAGUUUUUUUGUGAAUAAAUAAAUUUAGUUUUUUGUGAAUAAAUAAUAUCUUCAAUGACAUUGUGUGUUAGGAAUUUUUUUAUCAUACCAUCUUAUUUGAAUCAUAUCAACAUAAUUGUCAUACUUGUUUAGAACAACAAGAGAAAUUCACACGUUAUCACGACCCCACAGUAAUCAGUCGCGCUAUCUUGAAUGUUUAUCUCGUUUCACACUAACGUAUCUAUCUUUUGUAAAAAACCCCAAAUCAAUUUUCCCUUGCUCAUCUGGUUAUAUUUUUCUUUGCGGCCUAACCUUUACCGAUUUGCGCUUCCGCGGUUAGUUUGGAAAAUUCUUGACAAGACAAGACAAUAUCAAUUAAAUUUCUUCCACAGGGCGGCAUUUUUAGGAAACGAUGUAUCUGGGUUUCUAUAGGGCAGGGUUAUGGAGUAAUUUAUUUCUAUAUGCCCGCUUUAAUUCGAAAGUAGGAAACAAUUUAGUUGAUAAAGAGUUUAUUGAGGAUAUUCAGUUAUAUUCUUACUAUCUUUUAUAUCGAUGCGCAAUCAAAUUUAGUUCGAGUUAGUACUAUAUAACAACAUUAUAAUGGGUGAACUCCAUAAUAUAAGAGCAAAUAGCAACAAUAUAUAGGCAGUCAGAAAUAGUAUAUACGGUCGGUACCAGUAUAGCUAGCGAUCAUGAUUUCAAACAGCAGCGAUCAUGAUUUCAAACAAAGGGCCCUCGCCCGAACUAUAACCUCGUUAUUGUAAUUCCACAGCCUCGUCCCCAGGCUCGAACUCAGACGCGCGGGUUCGUGGCGACGCAAGUGGGGACGAGGCUGGUAAUUCCAGACAAAGGAACUUCCCUCGAAAUGUCGAAGUUGUGUUUGUAUUUUUUCAGGUGGUUGUAUCUCCUACAAAACGCGGCUAUUUUUGGUCGGAGAUAGCUUAAACUAUAAUCAUAUCACCUGGAUUAAAUACUAUGAAACACACCAGCAUAAAACCAGGCUUUAGUUUAGCUGUCUGUAGCUAUCAAAGACGCGCAAAAUGCAAAUCAACAACAAAAUUCCGCGCAACCGACAGCGGGAAAGUUAUUGAAUUUUAUCGCUCAGUAUUCGUUUUCUGUUGUGUAUAUUGACUUUAAGUUUAGUUAAAAAUGGCAGCUAUACCUUUUAAAUUACGGCUUGUUUCACUCCAUAUAUUGGUUUUUCAUUCUUGGUACUAUAGACUAGUAUUAAUAUUAUUAUACAUUGAAACUUAGGAAAACAAUGAGCUGGCAGCAUGAAAUAGUCUAGGAAACGAAUUCUUUCUCAUUAGUUUUCUGCUGCUCCAUUGCUAUAAACCGAUUGCUCUCAUAUCUUGUAAUUGUAAUUAUUGAGAUAUUGUAAGAAAUACAAUAUUGUAUUUAUCUAGUUUAGUAAUAAUUUUAUCGUAGGCUGUUUCUAUUGAAAAUAAAGGCAAGCCAUGCUUCCUUAAAUUGUAGACUGCUUUUGACUUAAAUCCAAGUUCGUUUUUACUGUGCAGAACAAAUUUUGGCAAGUUUUGUAACCUUGAUGUAAUUUCAAUAUUUGUAAGCAGCAUGACAUUGUAUGCAAUAUCUUGUGCGCUUAUUUAUACGUACUUUCAACGAGUGCCAAAUCACGCUGCGCGCACAUGAUAUGGAAAUGUUGACCCCACGGACUGAAAUUAAAGUCUGAGUGGGUUUGUGAAAGCACCAAACAGAGCCGCUGAGGAUAUAUGCACAGGCUGUCUUGACACACUUUGAUAUCAUAUUCAGAACGUUUUUAUGUUUCUACUACAAAUAUGGAACUAAUCAAACUGGGAUUAACAACAUGACAUAAUCGUGGCACGCUUGAAAGACGUCAUACACCACCGGAUGAUGUUGGCAUUCUUCCUGGAAUCAAAAGCAGCGAAUGUUUCUACUUGCAUAAAGCAAUAGGAUGUUUAAAGAAUAAUUUUCUUACGACUGUGUGGCUGUGUUGCUAUUGCAACUAACUGUACCAAACGUACAGAAAUACAUUGUACAAAUGUACAUCCUAAUAUCUGAAGACCGAUUACACCAAAUUAUUUAGUGAAAACUGUAUCGACCCACCUGAACCCUACGCAUAAAUGCGCCCUGGUAUGUCCUACUUUAUUAUUUUAUUCUGUCUAACGCCAGACGAUUUUACUCCUUGUGAAGUGUGCUGCCACUCAUUGGGUUAACUUCAGAUGGGCAACACGUUUUACGUUGUGGAGCUUUUACGUGAAACACAGAACCGAACUGGUUGAAAGACAUGUUAUGUUUAUAUUUUUAAUUUUGUGUGUUGGAGUUUGUUGUUGGUUGUAAAAACUCGGUAGGUCUACUUUUGAUAAUCAUUUCAAUAUGAAAAUAAGAACAUACAUUCAUGUCAUGGGUCAGGAUAAUAAUUAGGCUCAGCAAAUCAUAAACAGCGAAAAAUAAAUCCAAACCGAAAAUAAUAUUAAUAAUUUCCCGAGGACUGUACGGGAAAGCAUUAAACCGAGGUCUAGCUGUAUUGACCGAGCGAUAGCGCGGUCAUAGGUUGUCUAUUUUUCGGAACCGCCCGAGCGGUCAAGGUUAUAGUAAGCUUUUAUUAAAGCAUUUUGAAAAUUGUACAUGAAAACAGUAUAAUAUAAUAUAUACAGUUUUUUUUUAAAUAUUCGGUUUCGUAUUUGGUUUUUUAAAUAUUCGGUUUCGUAUUUCGUAUAUAAAGUUUCGUAUUCAUGUUUUAUGUUUUUACUAAAGCAUGCCAUUUUCGAAGAAAAUCUGUAGUCUGUCGUUGCUUUAUUAAUAUUGUAAAAUUUAUCUUAGUUUUAAGUUUUUCGACUUACACCUAAAAAAUUUCCUUUGAAAGUUUUGCCAUUAUAUCAACUAUCUCUUUCCCUUUUCCGUGUUUUCAUUAUUUCGAACAACUUUUGUAUCCCUUUUUGUUCGAACUCGGGUUUGUCGUAGGGCAAUAAGAAUUAUAUAUAUAUUGCUCUUGCCUGUGGGCCAUGCAGUGUGAUCAGAUUUUCCCAGGCCAGGAGUUAUUUACUCAACUUUGUGUUCAAAAUUUACUAAACUUUACCAGAAAAUUACCCGAACUAUUAAAUGUCUAAAAAGUUUACCAAACUUUUACCAAGUCUGAUCUCACUUCCGUGACAAUGCGCGAAACAGCCACGUCAAUACGCGAAGCGGCCACGUCAACAGCCAAUAGGCAAUUCCAAUAGGCUGUGCCUAUAGACUAAAUUUUGAUCUAAGCAAGAAAAACAAAAUCCAUCACCACAGUUAGAAAGAGAGAGAAUGUUAAAAUUAGUAAAAUUGCAAAGUUUGGUUGCAAAGUUCGCAAAUUUUGUAUAGAUUUGUAUUACGCGCGUGAAAAAUAACCAUUUUUGAGCCGAAAGUGGUUAUUUGCGAACUUCACAGGGCUAUAUUUUCCUCAUUUUACAACAUUUCGCAACUACACUUACUAAUUUUACUAAUUUUAACAUGCUCGUUCUAGCUGUGGUGAUAAAUUUUGUUCUUCUUCCCUAGAUCAAAAUUUAGUCUAUAGUUGGAAUUGCCUAUUAAAUUACGCGAUUUUACCAAAACAAAAACUUAAUUGCCAUAAAAUAAUAUAGAUUAUACGGUUAACCUGACACCGUUCCCGUCCUAUCUCGUAAGGUUACAACCUAUCCAGGCCACCCAAAAACCACCGUGACGAUAUUUACAUUACCAUAGGAAUUGACAUUACCAUAAGAAUACUCAAUAAAAAUAUCCAAAUGUACGCAGUGGCAACAGAGGGGAUUUCCGUCUACGCAUGCGCGAGAAACGUAAGCGUGGAGUGCACGUGACCGCGGGUUAAUCGCGUGACUGAAUUCUAAAAACAAACACCAUAUUGCCAAAACUACUCGUGUUAUGAAGUCGUUUUCUUGUUUCUUUAGUGUUUCUGCGCUCACAAUUUUAGGCAUUUCCGACUUAGAAGUGUUUGCUUUGGAAUAAGGGACCGGUCAUUAUUUAUGGCGGGGGGUGGCACCGAAGAGAAAUGUUUUUUGUGGCAAAAAUUUUGCUGACCCAACCAUUAAAAAGUAAAAAAUUUGAUUACCCAACCUAAAAUAUCAAUUAAAAAAUAAAUACCCACCCCUGGCCAACUUUACUAUACUAAUAAAUACCCACCCCCUGGCAAACUUUACAAAGGGUUUGAUAACAGCUUGUGAAAUUAUCUGCAGUCUAAAGUUUCAUGUUGUCUGCACAUGUUCUUUCUUUGGAGACACCAUUAUUUUGUUUUGUCAAAAUGAUCAAGAUAGUGACUCUGAUUGAUUCGCAUAUUGUAUUGACAUAAAUAACUGUUGACAUUGCUUUUCAUGAAUAAUGUCUCCCAAAUAUUUCAGUGAGUCAUGUUUUGGAAAUGACAAUACAUUUUUAUUGCCCAACCCUUGGGUUGUUUUGUUUUUCAUUUACCCAACCUUUGAUCUACUCAAAAUUUUGUUUACCCAACCUUUUUCUCUUCGGUGCCACCCCCCGCCAUAAAUACUGACCGGUCCCUAAGAACGUGAAAGUAGAAAUAAAAACUUUGUUGCAGCAGUUUAAUUUCGCCGUACAAAUAUACCUGUUUUAUAUGUACAUCUCUUUCGAAGUGAGAUAUACAAGUGCAAAUUGACCUUCUUUAAAUUCGUACUUGCCCUAUUUUUAACUCCACACUAAAAACUACUUUUAUCCAUGGAGAAACUAUUGGAUUUUAAAAAUUAGCUUGAAUUAUGGAGGUGAUAUAGGCUAGUUUCUUUGCAAACAGUGAUUCAGUAUUCGGUAGUGUACUUCUCGUAUAUGAAGAAAAGUCUAAAAUGAUUUCAAUAUCCAUCAACAAAAAGGAAUCGCGCUUAUUACUACUCGUUAGAAGAUAGAUAAUUAAUUUAAUUCACUAGGAACCCGUUCUACAAUAUAAACUAGAAAUCGGCCAACAAAUUGUCACGAAAUACUACAAUUAAAAUAGUAGGGUCUCUGAACUACCGAUUUCACCGAACGGUCAAGUUUCUCCGCAAAGAUCGCCCCUUUACCCAAUUUUCAUCGAGUAGAUCAUCGUGUUAUCAAGUCAAGGAUUACUAUGUAUACUUUAACAUAAAAGAAUAAAAAAAACUGGUGAUAAAGGGUAGAUUUUGAAUAAAAUACGAAUAUCUGUAUACAAGAUCUGAGCGUUAUUAUAUGAAGCACUCGAUACUUUCUCCAACAACAUAUUGCGCUUAAUUUUUUACAAAAUUAAAAAUAUUCACACAUUAAAGAUAUGAAAAUGUAGCUUGCAUUACAAAGAAAUGUUGGCUUACCUAAGUUAUAUCUUACACGUCGAUUAAAGUCAAGUAAAGCCCUUUCAAAGACGCGUGCCACAUUAAACUACAGGCCACAUGCGUGGCGGUAGAGAACUUGACGAAGUAUUCCGGAUAUUUCAUAGCCAGUUUAAACGCCGCUGUGUACUAUUCCUGUUAAUUAUGAUGUCCAACACACCGGGUAACAAAAUAAAAGUACACUUUUAAGAUACAAGGUCCGAUCAUAUAGUCCUGUUCUUCGAAGCAUCUGCUUAAAACAGUCCAACAUAAAUAUCGCCACUCAUCUUCUGCGUAUGAAAAUAUAAGUUUUCCUUUCAAUUGCUUUUCUUUAAAAACAGUUAUUAGGUUGUUGAAGAGUUAGUCUAUAACUUCCAAAAAAAACCCAGAUGCUUUCAAAAACCAGUGAAUCACAAUGCUGUAAACUUCAACAUCUUUUAGAAAUUGUAAGCCAAACAUCGAAAAGCAAAAUUUGCGGGAAAAAGCUCACGAGCCCGCACUAUUUUUAUGCAGUGUCUACGAAAGUCCCCUCUGUUCGUUGUGUCAAUAUUUCAAGCACAUGCUGGAAACACUGCAAAUUUCUGUAGUCCUAAAAAUGUGUCAUUAAUUUAAUAUUUUAUCUUCCUGGUGCAACUUUGUUGUUGCUCAUAUUCGUUUAAAACUGUGACAAUACCCUACAGGCCUGCUUUUCAGGAAUCAUUUCUUACGUAUCAGCGAAAUGUGCGGAUUCAGGUCUUUCCACUUGGUACAUAUACAGCAUUGUUUCGUUCUCUUCAGAUAUUCCGGAGUUCAAUCAACAUUUCUGAAAACAAAAACAUCAAACAUGUGCUAAAGACGAUUGGAGAAGAACCAUUCAUUUCAUUUUCCUUUCUGUAUUUUUUUUGGAGAAUACCGUAGUUACUCGUUUGAGCACCGCGGCGCUCUUUAAAUUUUCAGAGCUUUAGAUGCGGCGUUCAUUCGGGGGCGGCGCUCAAUCGGGUUAUCGGGGGCGGCGCACAGUACAACCAAAUGAUUAUUGAUUAUUAGAUGCGUCCAUUUAUUAAACUUGUUUUUUUUUUAUUUAAUUGAAGAUUUAUAAUAAUACAUGCACAUAGCGAGAUUAAUAUUAAAUUGUAUAGUGCAAUCUUAUUUUGAUUUGUUUGUUUCGCUUAGGCGUCAAAAACUUGUUGAAACAUUUCAAGUCAGUACCUCGAAAUUCUCGCAGUAUUCCGGCACCUCCCAUGCACAGAAAUGCUUUAAAAAUCAACAUCUUGGGAAAUCUGUCCGUUCCAACACAUCAAAUAUUCAGGAAGCAAUUUCCACAACAUUUCACGAUGCUUGCUGCAGCGAAAUAUGUCAACUAUACGGGAGGAUAUCUUAUUAGUUUCUAUGAUUCUCAAGAUAGACUACAGAUUGGCAUCAAAAUAAGCAAAACGUCAGUUGCGUUGGAGUACGCUCAAGCCGGAAAGAGGAAUCAAUUCCUGGCGUUUAAUGUGGAAGUUAUUGACAGAAAAUGGCAUCGGUUUGCGUUCAGUGUUGGAAAUGGUCUUGUCUCGUUUUACUUGGAUUGUGAGAUGAUAGGAACUCGGAAUAUUACACAAGAGAGUUAUGAUCAGGUGGAUAGGAGAGGCAAUAUCUAUCUCAAUGCAAAGGCCGAGCCGCCAGAACAGAAUGAAAACUUGGAGGUAAGAAGAUUACAACAGCCAUAAACUGUCUUUGUUUUCGCAGCCUUACUUAAGAAGUAAGCAGAGCCGCUUGCCCUCUUCCAAUGUUUCCAGCGAAGGCUCUUCACCAGGAUUUGUCUCCUUACUAUUAGUAAAAGGCUAUUAGUAAAACACAGAGCACCGCCACCGAGUACAAAAUAUGAAGAAAAUGGGGCUUUUAAAAAACACAUCUACUCGUACUUACAACGAGUACAACCAUCUGGGUACGAAAUUUUAGAGAAAUCUCGUAGUCCUCACAACGACCUCUUAAAAGGCUAAGAUAUUUAUUUAUUUGAUAUAGGGAGUUGAUAUAUUAGCGCUGCUAAGGGUUGAUUAUAUAUUAGCGCUAUGCGAGAAGCCACGAAUUUUCAUGCACAUACUGUCGGUAUUACAGCAUACGAAAGACUAGGCUUCAAAAUGUUUAUAUUUCUGUGAAAAAUGAAGACUUUGUAUCCUUGAGUAUUUAAAAAUAGAAUAAAGUUAUGAAAUAAACGUUUUAGCAGUGUGUUAACUUAAAAUACAGUAAAUACUGAAAUAAAAGUGGGGUUGUGACCGAAUAACCAAUACUUUAUAUAAUUAAUGUUUAUCUGACUUAAUUAUUAUUGAUCCAUUUAUUCAGGACUUACUUGCACUUAUUUCGUAUAUUGUUUCCUAAUAGAAGGGGCUAGUUUUACAGGAGAUUUAGCCUGCAUGAGAUUUAGUUAGAAAAUAUAUUCAUUUCUGGUUGUUAAUUUGUUUACUUUGUAGUAAACAAGCAACCAGAAAUAAACUUUCUACCUAAAUCUCAUGCAGGCUAAAAUCUCGUGGCUUCUCGAUCCCCAACAGCUAAUAUAUCAACCCCCCAGCAGCGCUUAUACAUCAACACCCUCUGUCAAAUAAAAUAUCAACUCUCUUUUCUUUUUAAGACGUCGUUGUGGGGACGACAGGAUUUCUCCAAAAUUACGUAUGUACUCAAAUGGGCGACGGCUACGAUUUUUCGUGUCAGUACGAGAUGAUGUGUUUCUUUAAAGCCCCAUCUUCUUACUUCCCUAUCGUGCAAAACGCGAAAAAUCUUUGUUAAUAAUAAUAGCAUAUGUAAACAAUCUAAUUUAUCACAAAGGAUUUUGGUUUUUCUAUUCCUCCAUGCACCGUGCUCCGUGUUCCGUGCUCCGUACUCCUUGUUUUACUAAUAGCCCUAUUAGAACUCUCCUGCAUGACAUGAGCGUUGUAUCAUGAAUAACAAACGGUUGAUUUUGGAUCAUCUCACGCUAACAAUCGUUUCAUGUAUCUUUCAGUUCUAUAUUGAAGAGCUGUCUUUGUCCGAUGAUGUAAGAGCUGGUCAAAAACAAUGCGAGUUUAAUGAUCUUUUUGUAUGUAUCAAUAUGAAAAUAUCCUGUUUCAACCGUUUAAAUCUAGCAAUUAUUUUUCACGCAUAUUUAAACCUGUAGAAUCCUAUAAUUCCAUUGGUCGAUAAUAUUAACGACCUGAUAUGGUGAUAACAAGGGAUUUAGUAUAAUGUCUGCUAAAGAGCAAAGUGAUCUAUGUUUGUAUUAGCCGGCGCCAAGUUUCUCCACGAUAAGAAGUAUUAAUCGCAGAUUAUGUGCAUUCUUAAAUUAAUACGUUGUAAGUCAAAAGUGUUGAUAAUCCAAAAAAUAGACGUAACUUUAAAAUCAACACAAACAUGUACACAUGCAUGCAAGUCCAACCUCGCAUCCAGAGCCAUAUGAUGGCAGCCAAAUUAUGGCAGCCAAACUCUGGGUACCAGAUUGUGCAAGUGUUGCUUUUUGAAAAGGUAGCACUAUUAUAGGUUUAACAUAAGAUGCCUUAGAUAGAGAGAUAGAUAGAUAGUUUAAUAGUUUUACAUGGCAGCCGAAUUGGCUGAAUUGCGUAAAAUUAACAAAACUUACAUAUUACAAACAAAUUAAAAACAACACAUGCACAAUUACAUAUUACUGAAUGUAAUAGUAUUACAUAUUAUAUGAUAUCAGCGCAAAUUCAGAUAUGUCCCCCACCACCACCACCGCUAAAAUAGAGAUCAACCAAAGUUGUAAGCACAACUAAAAACCCAAAAAACAUGCAUAAAAGCAAAUGGUUGACGCGAGGCAGCGGCAAUGGUGGUGGAAGUCAUAUCAAAACCCCACCAAUAAUAUCCUUUGUGAGGGAAAUAUGAAAUAUUGUCAACUUUGUUGUUCACACAAUCAAAAGAAAUAUUCACUUAUCAGGAUAACCAGGGCAAAAUUAUGCAGUGUUUCCCAGCGCCCUGGGGUAACCAAGGACGCGCUAGUCCUGUUAGUACACAAUUGCCAAUUAAGAGUGUAAAAUGAUGUUUGUGGUGUUACUCUAAGUGUUUGCCUGACCAGGGAAAAUUGAACCCCCAACCUUUACCUUUGAAAUACUAGCCCAAUGCUCUUUACCAACUGAGCUACGAGGUCAAGUUGGUUCGAGUUGGUGAUAUUCGAUAACAAUGUACAUUACUCUGAGUGUAAAUAUGUACAUAUUUGCAUGAUAAGGUAUUCUAAGAUAUUCUAAGUGUAAAUAUUUACAUUUAUGAAUUGGAAGCAAUAAUGUGGACAAUUAUCUGCAAUUAUAUUUUUAAUCCCACAAAUUAGGCGACAGUCGGUCUUCUGUUAAUGAAAACAUUGAAUUGUUUCUUGAACACACACGAAGGAAAAAUUAUAUAGGAAGUUUUUAAAACAACCGACUACGGUAAAUUGCAUGAAGUAUAAAUCAUAUAAAAAUAAGUUAAUCCAUAUAAUACGUAUUGCAAAGAAAAAAUAUUAUAGCGAACAAAUAGAAAACUGCAAAAGCAACAUAAAACAAACAUGGGAUGUAAUUAAAGAUUUAUUAAGCAAAAAUAAAUGUAAAUCUUCGUAUCCUGAAUCAUUCAAAAAAGAGAACACAACUAUUUCAAAUGAAGAUGAAAUAGCAAAGGAAUUUAAUAAUUUCUUUUCAGGUAUAGGACAAAAUUUAGCAAAAAAAUUCGACAAAAACAACACUAGAAAUUAUACCAAAUAUUUAAAAUCAAACUAUCCAAAAUCAUUGUUUCUCACUAGAAUAAAAACGAGUGAACUUGAUAAAAUCAUAAGAGAGCUAUGUCCCCAAAAAAGCUCUGGCUAUGACGGAAUUCAUCCUAAAGUGAUUAAAGAUAUGGGAACAUGCAUUAGCAGUGUAUUGUGUCAUAUUUUCAAUUUAACAUUCACAACAGGAAUAAUCCCUGAUCAGCUAAAGGUAUCACAGGUUACACCAAUACACAAAAAUGAAAAGAAAGACAAUGUUUGUAAUUAUAGGCCGAUUUCAGUGAUUAGCUGUUUUUCCAAAAUACUAGAAAAAGUUAUGUACACUCGAAUAAUACAAUAUAUUGAGAAAAAUAACAUUUUCUUUGAAAAACAAUAUGGUUUUAGAAAAAAACGAUCAACAACACUUGCAAUAAUUGAAUUGACAGAAAAAAUUAAACAAGAAAUUGAUAAUAAUAAAAUAACAAUUGGAAUAUUCCUCGAUCUGUCAAAAGCAUUCGAUACAGUUAACCAUCAAAUUUUACUUAAAAAACUAGAACACUAUGGAAUAAGAGGAGUAGUAUAUAAAUGGUUUGAAAGCUAUUUAUCUGGUCGUAUGCAACACGUCAAAUACAAUGAUACAAUAUCGGAUGCAAAGCUGGUUUCCUGUGGUGUACCACAGGGAUCAGUAUUGGGUCCACUACUUUUCUUAAUAUACAUAAACGACAUCAAUUUUAGCAGUCAGCUUACAUCAUUUAUAAUAUUUGCAGAUGACACUAAUCUAUUCUACUCUGGUGAAAAUGUUGAGCAAUUAAAUAACACAAUCAAUGCAGAAAUGCAGAAAAUAAGUCAAUGGUUAAUUGACAAUCAGCUUACGUUGAAUAUAAAAAAAACAAAUUAUAUAGUUUUUAAAUCGACAAAGAAAAAAAUAUUAAACACAUUUAAAAUAUUUCUUAAUAAUUGUCAGUUAACUCAAGUUAAGGAAACAAAAUUUUUAGGAGUAAUCAUAGACGAACAUUUAAAUUGGAAUCAACACAUUAAUUACAUUGCAAAUAAAAUAUCAAAGUCAAUAGGAAUAAUUUGCAAAGCGCGUUAUUUCUUAAAUUCCAACAUACUAAGAACUUUAUAUAAUACAUUAAUUUAUCCAUACCUAUAUUAUGGAAAUAUUGUAUGGGCAAAUAAUUAUCCAACAAGAUUAGAUAAAGUAUGUAAACUCCAAAAAAAGUAAUUAGAAUAAUCACACAUUCUUCGUAUGAUGCAAACUCUGCCCCAUUGUUUAAAAAAUUGAAAUUGCUAAACCUUCAUCAGAUCAACGAUUUAUGCAUUGGACAAUUUAUGUUUGAAUUUUAUAAUAAUUCCUUGCCUGAAUAUUUUAAAAAUUUCUUUACUCUUAACAAAAACGUACAAUUACAGAACGAGAAACUCACAUUAUAUACAUAAGGAAAGAUACCGAACUAAUUAUGGAAAAUUCACGAUUAAGAUUAAAGGAAGUAGUUUAUGGAACAAAAUUCCAUCUGAUAUAAAAGAAGCGAGAACAAAAAUUAAGUUUAAAAAAGAUAUGAAAGAUUAUCUAUUGUCAUAGAUGUGCAUGCAAUGUGUAUACAUGAUUGCAUAUGCAUUCAUACAUAUCUAUAUAUAAGUGAAGUAUUUAGGUAAAUAUAUAUAUAUAUUGCUAGUUAAAUCAUUAAAUCAAAAUUACUAUAUGAAUAUAAUCUUAUCAAUGAUACCAAAUCAACUGUAUUUUAGCUAAUUUUAUUGUAGGAGGACUGACUUGUAAAAGCCCACAAGGGUUUAUCUGGUCCUUCCAGUAUCAAUUAAUUUGAUGUAAAUGUGUUAUGAGAAAUGAAUAAAGUAUACUGACUUCGGAAAAAAACCACAAAAACACACAACCCUAAUUUAUUAGGCUCGUGAUCCCGUUUAAAUUAAUUAAUGUCAAAACUUUCUUCUCGCCCAUUCGUCACAAAAUAACAAAAAACGGACACAAAUGUGAAGGAUUUGUCUGUAGACUGUAGUGUUACAAAAUAAGCAAUAAACCUCGCCUCUUUGGACGCAAUUGAGCACUAAUAGACAUUUCUUAAUAAUGACGUCAAACGCGGAAACCAAUUUAUGUGAUCGCCACAGACGUUGGCGAGCCAAUAAUAAGUCGUUGGCGAGCCAAUAAAUUUCAUAAAAACAUCAUUUAUAUAUACCCUGAAAAAUACUGAGAAUUGACGCUAAAAGGGACAUCCGCGUUUGGCGUCAUUAUACGAAAGGUCUAUUGCAGAAUAUACAUAAGCGUAAAAGCCUUUGGGUUUCCUGCAUAUUUUAGUUAGCAUUCGGUACAAAGAUCAUAAGCUUAUUAACUCGCAGCAUUCAAAAUCAUUCUUAUAUGAAUAAUGAACGAUAAGUUUGCAAGCUGACAACGUAUGACAACCCAAUGUUGUUCAAAUAAGGAUUUUUGGAACUAUUUUUCUGUUCAAGUUCUCUACUUUUGUUCAUUUGCGUACAAAAAAUAAUUAACUUAACGUCUUUUUUAUAUCAGCAGGUUUUUGUAUCAGACUGUAAACAUGCUCCUUCACAGUCUCCUUCAUGAAUUGUUAAUGAAUUACUAAAGAAUUUAUAUAUUGUUAUAUAUAAAUUUGCUUUAAUGAUUCAAGCACGUUAGGUGAAAGAACAGCCCGAAAAUAAGUAAAACACACACCAAAUCAUUGUGGGAGAAUGGGUUCAGGGUGAAGUGAACCAAUUAUAUGCAUUAUACUCUCAAACUCUGGUCAACCCAAAGACUCAUUAAGCCUUAUGUUUUCAUCCCGCAGGGGUAUCAGAAUAAGACCUACUAGAAGAGACCGAAUGCCCUAGGGUGAUAAUCCCCGAUAGGGCCCUGCCAGACUGGUAGCGACCCCUUCUGACAUAGACCUGAACCAAGGGGUGAUAAUCAACUUGGACUGCACCUACGAUUCGACUGAUUAUAUUUACAUAAAUAACCUGAGUCUAUGGGCCUGAAGUUUAUUUAUUUAUUUAUUUAUUUAUUAGUUUCGCCAUAUUACAUUAAUACACAAAACUAUAACAAGAACAAGAAUAAUAUACAUGACUACAGGCAGGGUGACCGCAAAUUAGGACAUACAAACAUAAAAAAAACUAUCUAAAUAAAACUAUAACUAAUAGCAGCACUUAAGAGGCUGAACCAGAGUUCGAGCGGUAUUACACUUGGCACAUAUAGUUUUGAAUGUUCUUUGAUUUUCAGAAUCGUAGGAAACGUCCAAAGCACGGAAGUAAUAACUUAGAAUAGUAGAUUUAAAUGAGUUCAAAUUUAUCAUGUUAAGUUUCAGUUCGUCAGCUAGGCUGUUCCACACCCUGGUUGUUCGAAUUAGAAACGAGCGUUGAUGCGUCGUUGUUUUGCUCCUGGGAAUGACAAACUUAGGUAUGUCCGUGUUUAUAGACGAUCUGGUCGGUCUGGAGCUUCGGGUUUUUGGUUACCAUUUUAAAGAAAAAAAAACAAAUCCAAAAACUCAUGCCAGUAACAUAAUGGAAGUAAUGAUAAAGACUGUAAUCGAGAGGUAUAACUGUCUGGACUGGAAAACGGCAGAUUGAGAAUAAAUUUCAUGGCACGUCUUUGAACUUUUUCCAAUCUUGCAAUUAGGUUGAUGGUCUGUGGCGACCAGAUCUGGGUGGCAUAUCCUAAGUGAGGGCGUACUAAUGUUAAAUACAAUGCCCUCCUCACGCUGGUGUUUUGAAUGAACCGUGCGUUCCGUCUGAUAUAACCUAGCAACUUGUUAGGACGGGAAGAUUGGUCUACUACUUGAUUAUUCCAGGUGAGAUCAGUUGACAUCCAGACGCCAAGAUCUCGUUCCGAUUUUGUUAUUUCUAGAGUUUCACCCUUCAUCUUGUAUGUAGUCACCACUGGCUUCGUUUUACGAGUGAUAGACAGCGACCGACAUUUACUUUGAUUGAAGGGGAGACCGGAAGUCGAAGACCAGGAUUCUAAGUUGGAUAAGUCCUGUUGGAGUAAUUUCGUAUCGUUUAUUGAUGCGAUAGACUUAAAUAUUUUCGUAUCAUCUGCGAACUUAGCGACUUGACUGGAUUUGACGAGACCGGGUAGGUCAUGAACAUAUAAGAGGAAUAAUAUGGGACCUAGUAUGGAGCUUGAGGUACCUCAGAGGUUACAGGUAAGGUGUUAGAUGUAGCACCGAGGGCGGUAACGCGCUGUCGCCGAUUAGACAAGUAGGACCGGAACUAUUGUAGUAGGCCACCUCCAAAUCCAGGCUUGCUAAGUUUGGAAAGCAGUAGCUCAUGAUUAACUUUAUCGAAGGACAUGUCUAAAUAGAUCACGUCUAUUUGAUUACCACUAUCCAGGAGGGAGCCGAUGUUAUCUAGUGCUUCGAUAAGGUUGGUUGUACAUGACUUUCCCGUGAAAAACCCAUGUUGACUACUGUGGACUAGCUGGUGGAGAUGGCAUUUAAUGUUGUUAAGUACGCAUCGUUCUAAGACUUUGGACACUAUGGGUAGUAAAGAUAUAGGUCUAUAAUUCUCUGUGUAUUCAGCAUUGCCUUUCUUGUGUAUUGGUAGAACAUUCGCAAGUUUCCACUCGUCAGGUAAGGUGCCUGUGUUGAGAGAUUUGCUGAAGAGGCAGCACAAGGAUGGAGCUAUGACUUCGGCUGUUUCCUUUAGCAGUCUAGUGGGGAUUCCAUAUGAGCCUGUUGCUUUUGUAACAUCCAGCGCUUCAAGGACAGCUUGAAUUUCGUACACAGUUAGAUUUACAUCAGUUAUAUUCGGGGUAUCAUCUGGCUUACAAGCAUAGUGAGGUGAACUGUCACUGGUGAAUACAGAUGUAAAGUACCUGUUGAACAAGUUAACAAUUUCGGCAGGAUUAUCAGCAGUAGUUCUUGACGGCGGGUCCACAAGAUCGGAGGCUGUUUUCAUGGAAAUCUUGUUUGGUAUAUUUUGAGACUUGGACUUAUGUUUUAAUACCGACCAGAAACGCUUUGGAUUGCACUGGUAGUCGGUUAUUAGAGUUCCGAAGAAGUUUCCGCAGCUUUCUCGUGGUAGGCGUUUAAUUUCGGUGCGCAGUGUCCUGAACUUAUCUUCUAGAUUUAAGUUAAAUGGGGAUUUGUUAAGUUUUUGUCGAAUUGAGUUUUUCUUCUUAAUUAAAUUUAGAAUGGUUCCAUUAAUCCAAGGCAAGGGGUUACGGCCCUUAAGCCUUUUUAUUGGAAUGUGAUCUUUAACUACAGCCAUAAAUGCGUCUGACCAGCGUUGCCAAUCAGUAUUAAUAUCAUCAUCAUCGUCAGAAGUCACCAGUGAUGAGAGAUUUUUCUCGUGAAUAGCCGUACGCAAAUCGUUAAAGUCACCAUUGUUAUAAUCAUAAAUAUAACGAAGAGUUUUGGAUGGAGCCUUAACGUGAGCAGCGUAUUCAAAAGUGAUUACAUUGUGAUCUGUAAAAAGUGCAGCUUUAUCUGGGGAAAGUACCUCGGUGACGCUGACGUGGUCUGGUACACUUGUAAUAACAAGAUCUAAGAUGUUGCUGCCACGAGUGGGAAUAUUGAUGAUCUGCGAUAGAUAGUGAUCAUGCAGGGCAUCGACAAAGGACAUUUCAUUAGCACCAAACGCAUUGUUAUUAGAGUCCCAGGAUAUAUUCGGUAGAUUGAAAUCAAAUCACCAACGAUUAAUAAAUUCUCGUACUGAUCGCAAAUAUUAUUCAAGAAAUCAUUAAAUUCAUCUGACCAACUAAUAUUGACAUCCGGCGGUUUAUGACAGGAACAAAAUAGAAUUUUGUGAUUUGAUUCUGUUGUCAAUUCUGCAGCUACUAUUUCUAGUUGUAAGCGGUCCAUGUCGGCAGGUACGGGAAAUUCCCGAACUGUCUGGAAGGACUCAGCUUUGACAGCAAGAAGUACUCCACCGCCACUACGAUUAACACGAUCUUUCCUGAAAAUCGUAUAGUCAGAAUGGAGAAUCUCAGAGUCAAGUAUGUCCUUGUUAAGCCAGGUCUCGUUAACACAGACGACGUCGGAGCUUUCCGCAUAUACCAGAUCUUGAAAACAAUUGAGAUUGUAUAUUGUUUUAUUGGUCACUACGUCUCGGUUGAAGCUCUUCAGACUCCUUGCAUUAGGCAGUAAGCACUUAACGGGAUUGACGAUGGCCGUAGGGCUUCUGCUAAUUACAGGACCGGGAUGACUAGCUAUGUCUCCGCAUAAUAGUAGAAGUCCAGUAAGAUAUCCCUGUCGGCAGUUGAAUUUGCGUGCAGAGCGAGUUAAUUUACGAGUGUCAUGAUUGAUCGCAAAUGAUGGUUUGAAAAGCUUCCAAGAGAGCAUUUGAAACUUCCCCAUAGGUAUAGGUAGCCUAUAAUGAAUCGGUUAGUUGGUGGUUUUUAAUAUUAUUAGAGCGUUGGCAUUGGGUAUAAAACAAUAAAAGUUGAAUUGCUAUAGCAAAAAGGACAGAGCUCAAAUUGGUGCGUCUGACCGCCAUACUAGUGCAACAUGAUAGUGUCAAACCACGAGUCAAACCAGGGAAAUCCCCAAGAGUGGAGUUAAUAAUAUUUUAUAGAAUGAUGGUUGGAAAAUUACAAAAUCCGUUCCAGUUUAAAUUUUAUAAAUGGUAUAGGCAUCAAACUUCGUAGAGAUAUAUCGCUUCAUAUAAGCCGUUAAACACCAGUCAAGUUUGGAGAAUGUCCGAUAGAUAUCACGCCAGUAAAUUGGGGGAAUAUAAAAGCUUAUAGUUGUAGACAAUAUUAAUGAAUACACGACGCCACACUACAAACAGCGGAUAGUCAAAUGUUUAAUUCCAAAGUUGACAAAACAACACCAAAAUAUAGCGAAUGAUAAGUACAAUAUAGAUCCAAAGUAAAAAAAUGUUUUGAAAUACGUAGAACCAAGAUACGCUGCCGUAAAGUUGUUGCCUAGGAACGCGACGUGGCAAAUUCAAGCACCGACGGUCAAAAUAAUAAUACUUUAAUAAAACACGAACAAGUUAACCAAAUGAGACCAAAUUAACACGCGAAAGUUAUAACACCGUUGGUAGAAUACGUAGCAAGUUUCAUAAAGCCAAAGAUAUAACGAGCAAUAUCCAAAAGUUCAGCUUCGCAGCAUGUGACACAAUAAAUAUGAAUGUACACAAUACGAUAAGACGAUCCAAAAUAACUUUACACCACAAUAUAAAUCCAAAUCCAAAAUACGAUAAAUAGAUGCACAAGGUCUUUAGCUUUAAUCUAAUAGGAUAUGUUGUACAAAAGCUUAAAAAAGACUUAUUUAUGCUCGAAAUAAAGCGGAGGUCUCUGGAGCGUAAUCCUAUAGAUUGUAAUAAUAUAUCUGUAAGUUGACCAUUGGGAGAACUUCAACCCCACAAAUACACAGCAUGUGUAUUCCCCAUAGACGAACUCCCACCACAACUGUAUUUGUAUACAAGACAGCUGCUGCCAAAUGAUAGUUAGACACAUAUUUGGCAGUUACCAUCACUCGUACUAUAGCUGGAUAGUCAGGGAGGCCAGAAAAACUGAACCUGCUAUGGAUGGGGCCAAGACACCCAUCAGCUUCCCCACAAAGCUUCUAUCUUACAAUUCUUAAUUGGAGGGUUGGUAACACGACAAACAAAGCUCACCAUCAAGGCACAUUUUAUUUUUUAUUUUAUUUUUUUUAAUGUUAAUGUGUUCAUGAAUACGUUUUGCACAACAUUUAUUUAUCCUUUUUGUGGCUGUUGACAAGCUUAUCCUGUUACUCUGAGAUUAUAACCAGGUUUGAAGGUGACAAACAUGUUGUCUCAUUAACACUAUUUUUAAACACUGUAGGAACAACAGGAAGUGUUGGAGGGAUCAGGACCAGGUAUAAUUUUAAAACUUUUAAAACAGUAAAAUCAAAAAUAGUAUCUGUGCAUGAGAUUAUACAAAUGCCAAGAAUAAAUAUCCUCUUCCCAUCAAUAUGUCAAAAAGCAAAGUUAAGGCAUUCUUUGCCAGAGCCAAUCAGAGAAAUUCGGGGGCCCGGGGAAAUUUUUAUUUCGGGGGCCCUAUCUAGAAAUUUUUUAUCGCAUCAUUAUUUAUAUCAAAAAACGUCCCAAAUUAUUAUUUUUUAUUUUUCAAAUUUGGGGGCCCCCUUAAACUGGGGGCCCGGGGCAAAUUGCCUCCUCCCCCCGCUGAAAGGCCCUGUUCCUUGCUAUUUCAGUAUCACCACAGGAAAUGCCGCAUAAAAGAGCGAUAUCAAAUUAGCAACACGUCCAUUAUAAGUGUACCUAGGCUAACAUCAAACAACUAUACAUAUAUCAGUAAUCCAAACCUCAAAACAACCAUGCCCCAGCACAACUCACUAAUUUCCAUAAUUUAUCUAAAACUGGUGUAAUAUAUUUUUAGAGCUGGAGUACAAUUGGUCUCAAUGGACGUCUUGCACUAAAACUUGUGGAGCAGAUGGAGUAAGACGCCGUGUCAAGAUGUGUACCAGCACGUCAUUGUUAACAUUACCAGAUGAAUGUCAUGCUAUUUUACAACAAUCUGAGGAAGAACCAUGCAAUAAUAAACCAUGUCCUGGUAGGUCUCCAUACCAACACGUAAUAAUCUGUAUUAUAUACACAAGUAUGUUGAGUCUUUCUUUCUCUCUUACCUAGGCAAGUGUCGACAACGAUGUGUAAAUGGAUUUUGUGCUGCUAAAAAUAGAUGCAAAUGCAAUAGAAAUUUCUAUGGUGCCAAUUGUCAGAAUAAGAGAGGUUGGUUCUUUUCUUUCGUUGCAUUUUGCGUUUUACUUGGAUUAUUGUAAAUCUCAAAGCUAAGAUUAUACAAUUACUUUAUGGUUUCCGUGUUUGGAUGGCCUGAUCCAAACACGCGGGAAUGUUGCGAGAGUUAAGAAAAGCGAGCGAAAUCACGAGCCGAAGGCGAGUGAUUUUGCCCGCUUUUCUUAACUCGAGCAACAUUCCCAAGUGUUUGGAUCAGUCCAUCCAAACACGGAAACCAUAAAGUAAUUGUUUUAUAAAAUAACAACAACACGAUAGUCUUCCGUGUUUGGAUGGCCUGAUCCAAACACGGCUUUUGACCAAUCAGAACACGCGUUAUAUACAUGUUAUUUUAUAAAUUAUAAUACAAAACGCAAGAAAUAACUAUUAUUAACUUAUUAGUAUGCAGUCAGUGACGUCGCCCGUAGAAGGCAACCAGAAUUGUAGAAAUGCAUUGUUAUCUAAACAUUUUUUAUAUUAUCGCCAUAUUUUACAGUUUUUUCAUAGUUUGAAUAUUUUAGUCAAAUAUUAACAUGCACGCUCUUUCUGCUCGAGCGUGUUUGGGAGGGAAGCGGAAGUAGAGAGCCUGGCUCUCUCUGCUGGAGCGUGUUUGGGAGGGAAGCGGAAGUAGAGAGCCUGGCUCUCUCUGCUGGAGCGUGUUUGGGAGGGAAGCGGAAGUAGAGAGCCUGAUUUGCAAGGUUGCAAUUGAUUUAGUAAGUUGUUCCCGUGUUACCUAAUUUAAAAAAGAAAAAAGCUCCCACAAAAUGUAUGGAUAUAUAAUAAUUACCAGGACAUUUAGGAUGGCGAACUUAUUCCCCACUCCAGAGAAGGAGGAGCGGAGGGAGGGGUGGGAGGAGGGGGUGAAUGUGAUAUUUGAAGGCCAGAUGGUAGAUGUGGAUAGCGCUCUAAUAAGCUUUUUCUAAGAUGGUUACUGUCGAGGGUUUUCUCCAUUAUCACCGGCUGACAGUAAAUACUCUGCUUUGAAGUCAUUUUUCUUUGCUUUUUAAGACCAUCUAUUUGUGACAAAUAACUCAAUGCAAAGUACAAAACAAUAAUUUAUUGUGGUUUUAGCUUCACCAUGUAAACAAGAAUGCACCAACGGAGGUCGAUGUUUAACUUACAAAGGAAUCUGUAGAUGUGCAAAAGGUUUUGCUGGAAGAUAUUGUGAAAAAGGUAUAUUUUAUAUUUUUUUACAGCCUUAAGCACGAUUUGUAUAUUUUUUUAUUUUAACAUGUAUACUUGAGGGAAUUCAGGAUCAAACUUGACUUGGAAAAUAUAACAAGAACUUCGCCGUCUGGAGCUUUUUGUCUGGAAAUUAAUAACGUAGGUUGGGUUAGGGCUACUAACUUCCACACGAAGGGUCUUCACUCAAAACAUCGAAGUUCAUAUAUUUUUCAGGCAGUUUGAUCCUAAUAUCAAGUAUAUUUAUUGUUCAUCUCCGUCUACACGGGAACUACACGGUUUACACUGUCUUUUAGUGAUUUUAAACAUGGUCGUUCCUUGCUGUAAACCAAGUUUCGUUUCAUUAAUUGUGAUGCCCAUAGCCGCAAUUUUUUAGCUUUUCAAUAAUUUUUACAACGUUUGAAAAAAUUACUAUCCGAUGAAUAACGCCUUAAUUCGUGCAACCGACCCCAGACGGCUUUACACUGUAAGUCCUACUAAAGGAUAGACUUAAUUGCUCCAAAUCUCACUCGAAUUGGCUUCAUUUUUCAUAGCGUCUGUUUUCAGUUAUCCAGUCUGUUAUCAGUUCAAGAUCUCAUAGACUGGUCUGACCAAUUGAAAAUGAAACUGCUAUCUCAUAACAGACUGGAUAGACGGUAUGAAGCCAAUUCGAGAGGAACUUGAAGCAAGUCUAACCAUGAUGAGGAUAAUAAUAAUAAUAAUAACAAAUAAUAUCACUCAUAAUACAAGGUAUCAAAAAGAAUUUAGAGUGGUAGGUUUUUUUGAACGAAGUAUAGGCGGCUAUGUGGGUCCGAAGGUAUCACCCACAUGGGCAUUCUAAAGACGUUUUCCUACGAAAAAUUCAGACCAUUGAAAUUCAGACAAUACACAUCUGAAAUGGCAAUACCAGCCACUUUGGAGUGUCCUUUAAUAGAGAUUUUUCUAAAUUCAACUAUUCAAAUUCAAAAAUUCAAAAAACUUAGCCACAUACAGCUAUUUUACAGGUAUGCCAUAUUCUUCAAAUGUUUAACGAGGAAUUAAUACCAUGUAAAAGUCUUUCUUCUAUAAUAUUUCAGUAGGCCUACUGAAGAGGAAAUAUUUUGUGUUAUAAUUUUGAGAAACAACCGGCGAUUGUCUAUACGCUUAGGCAGAGAAAUUCUCCGGGUGCCGGCUUCCAUUGCGAAGCUGGUAGUAUUAUAUGUGAUCGAAAAUAUGAAUGUUUCAAAGACGCGACUUGUUUCAUAAUCUCACUAUCAAGCAGGAAAAAUAACAGUGGACAAAACAAUAUCCAUGCAUCGAACCUGCAUGUAUGAGAUGAAUUUUAAUUUUAUGUCGAACGUCUUUUCCAGCCGUAAGAUUAGGAGAAGAAUAAUCAUUAAGUUCUAACUCUCGAUUGUUUAUUACAAACGAUUAAUUAAUCAUUUGGUAUUUUUUUCUUUCGCUGUUGUAAGAAGAUAGAAGUAAUUUUGAGAGAAAUCUUUGGGAUAAACUUUUUAAAGUUAACUAAUGUCUUGUUUUUCAGCGACAUGUCCAUCCUGUCAACGAGGCGGUGUUUGCGUGAAACCUGGAGUCUGUACAUGUAGACCUGGAUACAUUCCACCGCUGUGUACACGUAAGAAUUUAUCUUUAAUUUUCAUAAGAAAUUUCCCUAUACGGAGGAAACAUAUUCCACAAGGGUGUUAGUCUUGAAUUCAUAACUUUACAAAGUCACACAGUCCUCCGCAUGCAUGGUGUAAUCUUUCAGCUUUACGAGUUCAUUUCAAAAUUUUUGAAAUUACAUUUUUUUCUGACUAAUUAAAUAUAUUGAAUCGAAUAGUUUAAUUAAUUAAUUAAUAGGCAAUUUCAACGUUUGAUUCCAUCCAAUAAUUUUUGUAAGAAUGAGUUGGCUUGUUUCAAUUAAAAUCCUGCCUCGUUCUGGUUUAGGAGGGGCAGAGAUUUCUGAUAUUAAUACUGUGAAUCGUACUGCGAAGUAAAAAAGUGGUCAGUUCCUCCUUAGUGCAGUUCAGGGAUAAUUUCCCUAUAAUUUUAUACAGGGGAUGGCCUAGAUUUUUUCAAAAAUAUUUUUAUCUUUUUUAGUUAUAUAAAAGAAACGUAAUUCACAAAGUAAAUAAUAAAUAUUACUUUUAUUUCUAGCUGCAUGUCGACCAUCAUGUAUGCACAAGGGAGUUUGCAUUUUUCCAAACAAAUGUCAUUGCAGAAAAGGAUAUUCUGGCUAUCGAUGUCAAUAUGGUGAUUCACUUUUUAUUUCUAAUAAUUGAAUUUCCCUAUUAUUAUUCAUAAUCAUGCAUACGACGAAUUCAUACUUUUCAUUAAAGAAAAUUAUUUGCAAUGGGUGACCAGAUAACACAAGAUAACACAAGAUAACACAAACCGAGAAACAGCAACCAGUUGUAUAAGAUGGGUUUAAGUUGCUUUAAACCACCGUAUAACAUGAAAUCUGCCAGAUAAAGUUUAAUUUAAGAGCUUCAGAAAUUGGGUUGCAAGAAGCCUGUAUUAUCAGGUUACAUGUAUAUUUAAGCUAAUGUGAACAAAUUUAAACAAUGUGUAUGCGCUUGGAUAUACAACAAACUGGCUAAAGUCGAAAAAUAACUUCGCUUAGCAAAACGUCAUAACGCGCAAUAUUAUUUGUUUGUAGUGCACCACGUGACUUUUUAAUAUUGCACUAUUGACGUCACAACCUCAUGUUUGGUCACCCGUUGCGUAAUUAACAUCACGAUUUCACCGUUGCCUGUUAGUCAAUCGGAAACCAUGAUUUCAUUUAAAUAAAUAAUAAUACAAUAAUACAAAUAAUAUAUAAACAAUUAAAGUGCGCAAGCCUGUACCUGUAUAUUUUUUUGUACGGGAAAAACCCGUAAUUAUAAUGUAAUUGAUGUAAUGAAAGAAUUAAGGAAGCGACGUUUUUGUCUAAUAGACAUUUUCUAAUAGACGGCAUUUUUCCUCAUAGCGCUCGUGUAAGGAAGCAAAAAGCUUUAAAAAUCUUAUAUUUUGUCUUACAUGUUUACCACCAUCCAGUCCACUCUCGACAAUCUGACAUCCGUGUUGAUAGAAAACGUAGCUCGCUAAAGCUCCCUAAUGAUAAUUUACACACGGUCUGACUGCGCAUAGGCUACGUCUUCGCACAUUCAAUGGCUAAUGGAAACACGUUUUGCACGUGAUUUAUCGUGGACGCAAAAUUUUAUUUUGAAAAUGGAAAAAUAAAUACGAUCUAGUGGCGUAAAUUCCUUCCCACCAUAUUAAAAGAAAUAUCAAAGACCGUCAAAAUUAUUAUUUGUCAAAAUCCAAAUAGCAAAAUAGUCCGUGAAUUUGUUGUUGCAAGGACCACUUCAGAUUUCCUUUAAAUUUCCAUAAAAAAUUAAAACCAUCUAACUUUGAUAAUGCCUUUUAAUGUUUUAUGUAGCACACGCAAAUUGACAUAAAUAGGGUUCAUGGCAGCUUAUGAAAACAACAGUGUGCGAAAAAAACAUUACUCAGUUUCUAUAUUUUAGAAACAUUGGGGGGGAUGGCAGGCCGAAUCUCCUACUAAUUUUAUUUUAGCCUUUCAUUUGAUUGGUCUAUUAGACAAAAAAUCUUAUUUAUUGGUUUAUACUGUAUGUAACCUAGUUUCAACUAUAACGAGAUUGGUGUUGUAAACUGUUGUUGUUAUGGGAUGCAAAAUAUAAAUUUCACUUUGGGUGGAGAGUGAAAUUUAUAGUGGUCAUUAUUUAUUAUAGUGGUUAUUUUUAGUGACCAGUCAGACUCUGUUUGUAAAUUGACCUGAUACUGUGGUUACCUACCUCGUGGUAAACAAAUUAAACAUCAUUUUAUUUUAAAUCAGCAUAAUUUUCACCUGAUUUAGUGAUUUAUAACUGACUUCAACUUUAGUCCAUUGAUUCAGUAUCUCGAUAACUCACCCGUAAUUCCUUGGUCGUCCUACUUCUGCAUAAAUUGUAGAUACUCAACAAAGCAUACUUGCAGAAUGAGAAUCAAAUACGCUCGUUGAAAAAUAUUUUAAAUUAAAAACAACCCGCCAUCUUUUUUUCAAUGAUGUACUUCAUGUAAGAAACAUUUUAAAGGCUCUAAAUGCAUGCGAUGUUUUGAUUGGUUACUACCGUUGCUGGCUUGUUCGUUACAUUACGACCACAGCAGCCCAAUCUCAGAAUGAAUGAUCAGGUGUUGCGGGUUUUUAACGUCAACCAAAACUAUUCUAAAAACAUUCUCAAAUUAGUCAAAUAAAUACAUUUUAACAAUAAAAUAUAGUUGACAUGACAGUAUAAUACCUUUGCAUUUUUAUAAUUACUCCGUGAGCUCAUUUAGAGCGGUUGAUGUAACAUUUUCUGUGGCCUACAUUGUGUGUUGCUCAUUAUAUAUAAUAUAACAGUAAAAGGCUAAUCAUUGGCGGCCCGACCGCAUCUACUCGCAUCGCCUUCAAAGUCAAAUAUCUCCGCUCAAAUUUGCCGUACGGCAAAACAAAUUCGAUUACAUCUUUUCACAAAGAUCUCCCACCCCAUGUAAGGCGGUAUUGUCAGUAUGUAUUGAUUACGUCACGUAAACGAUCGUGCCCGAGGAGCUAUAAGUAUUUUGAAAAUAUCCGAAAUUGAGGAGAUUUUGGCUCCGUUCGUCGCUAAAUUUGCCCAAGCUAUGAUCAAACCAUAUUAUUUAGACAGAGAAAUCUUUGUGAAAAGAUGUAAUCGAAUUUGUUUUGCCGUACGACAAAUUUGAGCGGAGAUAUUUGACUUUGAAGGCGAUACGGUCGGGCCGCCAAUGAUUGGCCUUUUACUGUUAUAUUAUAUAUAAUGCGCAACACACAAUGUAGGCCACAGAAAAUGUUACAUCAACCGCUCUAAAUGAGCUCAUGGAGUAAUUAAAAGAAUGCAAAGGUAGGUACUAUCAUGUCAACUAUAUUUUAUUGUUAAAAUGUAUUUCUUUGACUAAUUUGAGAAUGUUUUUAGAAUAGUUUUGGUUGAUUAUAAAUUUGUUUAUAAAAACCGUUAAAAAGCCGCAACACCUGAUCAUUCAUUCUGAGAUUGGGCCGUCUGUGUUACGACGCGAAAGGAAAUUCGUACUAUUCUUUUUUAUAUAAUGCGGGUACAUGUUUAUGCGUAAAUUAGAACAUUUUGGUUACGAUAACACUUUGCCAUUUUUAUGAAUUUGUUGUUUGCACUAUAAUACAUUUUAUAACACAAAUGCCGAUGCUCAAAGAUUUGGUGACCCAAAUCAGUGUGUCACAGCAGCUUUUUUGCAGUGUAUUUUACAAAAUUGAAGUCUCAGACGUGUCAAGGUCAUCAAACUACUGUAUAUUAUAAUUAGCUGAUCAUCGCAGUGAAUACAAAAGUAAUUUAGACAAGUUCCAUUUAUUUUGGGACAACCUGUAAAGUCUGAAAAGUUAAAGUCCUGCGCAACAGAACAGCCUUUCUCUAAGGUGUUCAUAAAAUCCGACAAAGCAUCCCGCAUCGUGGGGGAAAAGGACAACUCUGCGUGAACAGAACUUGGGAUAAAACAGCCUUUCAUAAGAUUAUAUUAUCCAUUGAUUGGCGUACCAGACUAAACUUUAGCAUCUAUAAAGUUUCCUUUUAUUAUCAUAUCCGUAUUUUUAUAGCUUUUCAAACGGUUUCAAACAGUUGAAACAAUCGAAUCCUUACUCCGGUGGAGACCACUUUCCAGCAUUUCCCACGCCCCUCAGCCUCUAAAUUUCUACUCGAAGCCCAUGCAAGCCCCAUUUAUGCAUGUGGGACUUAAGGCCUGUUUACACUUGCAAUUUUUGCUGCGAUUUCUAGUGCGAUUUUCUUCUUCUGUGAACGAGUAGAUGAGUUACGAAUGUUCGGAAUACAUGUACCUCCAUCUGAACAUUCAUAACUUAUCCACUCGUUCACAUCCAUCAGAAGAAGAAAAUCGUACUAGAAAUCACAGCAAAAGUUGCAAGUGUAAAUGAGCCUUCAGGACAGAAAGUUAGGAUGUUGCCUCAACUGUAUCUAAGAAGCUCUGUUAAACGACUAACAUAAAAAAAUUGUUUUCAUUUCUUUAGCUAUAUGUAUGAGAAACUCUGUUACCAUGUUGUCAAAACGCCUAACCGAAAUCUAUUUUUUCAUAUUUAGCUUUGUGUAAGAAGGCGUGUUUAAAUGGAGGAGUUUGUUAUGACAACAAUAAAUGUAAUUGUAAAUCUGGCUGGACUGGAAAUACAUGUAACAUUGGUAAGACCAUUUAGACAUCGCGUCUUUAUCUUAGCAGUACCUGGGCAUGUAAGUACAGGUAUGUACAAAGGUAGACUAGAUAGGAGAUACACUUAACGUUGGUAAGAUUACCGUUUCUUUUUCACUUAACCUUUCACCGAGGUAUAUGUUGUCCGGUACAGUAGGUUCACAGAUAUUGGUCUAAUCUGACCGGACUGGAGAUGUAUGAUGCAUGCAUGUAAAGAUCAUUAUCGAUAAGUAGGUACAUAGGUAAAUCCUAGGCAGGGAGUUAGGGAGGUAGCUAGACUGCGACUGUAGAGGAGAACUAGAGAAUUUGUUUAAUAGCUCCCUAUUGAACAACGAAGUUGAAUAACUACAAUACUUUUGAACUACAGUACACUAUUUACAAUAUGUUGAUCAAUUUCCCACAGAAUAGUGAGUUAAUAACACCUGCAGAAGAGAAUAUUUCCCAGCAUUUUUAUCAAAACAAAAAACAUGUUAAAUACUAAUUUACCCAAUAAAUAUAAACCUAGAUUGUACACAAUAACACUGUAAAGAUCUUUAUCUUCAGUUCAAAUCUUUUAGCAAUCUGUCAUCCAAAAUGCCAGAACGGAGGAGUAUGUACAUUCCCUAACAGAUGUUCCUGUCCGAACAAAACAAGUGGGACAUACUGUCAAAAUGGUAAGUAGCGCGAAAAUAUUAACAUAGACAUUCAGUUUCAAGCAACUCUCCCAAACGAUCUUAUAGAUUUCAGAUCAUAGUUUCCAGUUAAUUCUUUGAAAACAUGCACAGAGAUCUUAGUGAGCUCAAGAAAGAGACGUUUUUGUCAACACGGACAUCACCCUAAAAUUGGUUUAACUAAUUUGGGCGGCAUUUGGCAUUAUAGCGCUUGUGUAAGAAAUGUCAUAUGUGUUGACGAUUACCACAAACUGAUACAAACACAGUUUUUAAUACAGCCCCCCCCCCCCCUCGGCAAUCUGAUGUCCGUGUUGAUAAAAACAUCGCUUACUACGUGUGUAUGGUGGCACAUUUCAGUAAUUGUGCAAAUGUUGAAUAGGAAUGCAUGUGAACAGAGAAAGACCUGCAACGCACGGUUCAUAUCAGUAAACUGUAAUUGUUUGAGUCAGUGUUCAGGUUAACACAAAACAACUCUUACAAAGACUUUUGAGAAAAAUAUAACUGUAUAGGCCUUCUUGAAUAGGCCUUCUUGAAUUUCUAAGAUGAGUAAUUCUAUACGAUCCCGCAUUGAAGUUAAGUGGUGUUCCAGGUCUUUUUGUGAUCAAAGCAAUUAUAGUCAGGGAAUAUCUGGUACUAGAUGAAUCUAGAACUGAUGACGAACGAACAUGAGAACGUGAUGUAGUAUAAUUUAUGAGUUAAAAGAGUUUCUAAGAGAAAAAAGAUCUCGUGUAUUAUAAGGGUUUUUCUUAUGCAUGUUCUGCCCUGUGCAGCAGGAGUACAAAUCAGUCGCGCGUUCUUCGUUAUAGCCUGGCACACAGUAGAGCUAUGUGCUUAGCAAAAUUUCACCCGUGACUGGCCCCACAAUGUGUGGCCACUUUCUCAGAGUUUUUCACUUUCUCAGAGUUUUUCUUCAUACGUGCCAUCGGCCGGCGUCGAAUGUUUAACAUGUUGAAUAUUUUUUGGCACGAGUGGCGAUUUCCUCCAAGUGUGCGCACAGGAGAAGAAAACAGCCUACAAUAUUAUGCGAAUACGCAUGCGUAUUCGGCAACCACAAUACUACUCGCCGCCAUUUUAAUUUGUAAGACGCACGUUAUACCCGUACGUAUUCGCAUAAUACUGUAAGCUGUUUGCUUCUUUUUCUAUGCGCACAAUUGUAGGAAAAGGCAUGUAGUAAAACACUGACUACCGGAACACCGGAACACCGCCGGAACACCACCUAACCGUAACCCCAACCCUAACCCCCAACCCUAACUCCCAACCCUAACCCCAAACCCUAACCCCAAACCCUAACCCCAAACCCUAACCCCAAACCCUAACCCCAAACAAAAUGGUGGUGUCCCGGUGUUCCGGUGGUGUUCCGGUGGUGUUCCGGUGGUGUUCCGGUGUUCCGGUAGUCUGUGUUUUACUACAUGCCGUAGGAAAACGUCACUCAUGUAAAAAAUUAUUCAAUACGUCGAAUAUUCGAUGCCGAUGGCACGCGUGAAGAAAAUCCCUCAAAGCGUCACCGCACACUGGGGGAAUUUGCUUACGCAAGUAGUUACGAGUGAAUUUUUGCUAAGCACGUAGUUUUAUAGUGUGCACCUGAUUUUACAUGCCAAACGCACGUAGCACGUCUUAGAAUACCUAGAUAUAUUUUUAACCUGUUUAAACUUCCCAGCUUGCAGUCAUAAACUCCUGGAUGAGUCAGGUUAAUAAUCUGAUUAUGCAAUGGAUACGUCAGCACGGAACCACUAUCCCAAGCGAAGCUCAGGGAUGCCAUGCUGGAAGGGGUGGGGGUGGGGCAAGCACAUUUCCUGCCUCUUCCUAAGGGAAGCUAUAGAGGGAGGAAAGUGUUUAAUAUAAAUAAAAUUAACGCUAAAUAUGAUACAAGGGAAAUGGUGUGUUCAAUUCUUAAUGAUGCUAGUUAAUGCGACGCCGAUCUUUAGCGAAUUCUCUCCAGAGAAUGCCAGAAAUUUGGUCAUCCGCGAGUUUAAAAUAAUAAACCCAGAUGUACAAUUUAUUUUCUAUGUCCUAUGAAUUUAGAGAUGAUUUUACUGUUGUGAUAAUGAUACAAUGAAGAUAAAUUUUUUACAAUCGAAUUUCCAAUUCAGUUUAAAUUCUUUGAUUCUCUAAAACUUCCUGAAUAUAGAACAAUAGCACAAAAAUUACAUAUAAUCUGCGGACAUGCAUGUUUCGGCGUUCUACGCCUUGUCAAUACAGCUUGGUACACGUUUAGGUACGUGAUAGAUUCAUAUUUAUAUCACACGAGCUUGCUCUCACCAAGGAAUGUGAUACAAUACGAAUAUACGAUGGCAUCAACGCAUCCAGACAUAGGCAGAGUGUAAUGGGGCCAGAGUGCUCAAACGACCACAAGGGAAGUGAGCUUUGCAUUCUUUUAAUCUUUAUACUUGAACAGGCUAAAACACGAGUCAUGUUUCAGAAGUUUUUGAAAAGCCGUAAAUAGGGCAAAGCUUUUCUUGCAAAAAAUGUUCAUGGACUAGUUGCCAAAUACAAUACCAUAUCGCAUAUUACUGAUUGUCCGUAAUACCAUAUAAUGGAUAAUACCACAAUAUUACAGUAAUGUUCUCUAAAAUCAGGUCCCUAUAAUCUUGGCAUUAUAAUAUAAAGUUUUUUUGGUGCUCGAUCAAAUUGUCGUCACUUCAUGUGGUGGCAUAAUUUCAGUAACUCGUUGAUUUUGGUAAAAAAAUUUUGUCAAUUGGUUUUUGUUUUUUGAUUAUGGUCAAGAAGUGCGUAAAAAGUUUUUGAAAAAAUCAUGGGAUUCCAGAUUUAGAUGAUGCACGUUUUUGCCCGUUGCACAUGUUCUAUCCGUUCCACAUGUUACAUAUUUCGAACACUGUUGCACUUGAUUCAAUCUUUCCUGAAAGAAAACACAUAAAAAUCUUAAAACCUGAAAAUCGAGUCUUAGGUAACUGCGCGUAAUACCAUAGAUAUAUUAGGAAAUGAAUAGAUGGCUCACUCCUUUGAUGUUUUUGACGCUGCCGGCAUCCACGCAUGUUUUUGCCAGAGUAAUGGCGGCCUAGCAAGAACUAUAAUAAAAUGUAUUGUGAAAUUGACAUCCGUGCUACUAAAUCCUGUAUUUUUCCGCUUUCGGGGAGUUUAAUGGAAAAAUAAAUCAGAAUUAUAAAAAUACAGGAUUUAGUAGCACCGAUGUCAAUUUCACAAUGCAUUUUACUACAGUUACUUGCUAGGCCGCCAUUACUCUGGCAAGAACACGCGUGGGUGCCGGCAGCGUCAAAAACAUCAAAGGAGUGAGCCAUCUAUUCGUUUCCUAAUCUAUGGUAAUACUGUGUUCAGUAGUAUACUUCCAACCCCGACUGGGUUGUUGAAUAAAAUGUAAAGGCGGGACUCGUAAACUAGCUACGCAUGCUUAACAAUAUUUUUAUAAAAGUACGGAAAGCUGUCCUGAAUUUGGAUUCCGCUAUAUAGUUUGAAUCUUGUCUUUAAAUAAAACGUAGCUCUUGUGUCCUGACCAUUUUGGCAGAACCUUGGGAUACAGCUAUUUGUAUAGCCCUCGAGCUGACAAUUAACACGAACAUAGGAAAAAGAAAUUUUUAACGUUAGCAAACUAUUUAUUUAAACAAAAAUGCAUGGCAACAAAACGUUUCACCGCAGCUAUGCGUCAAUAAUUUGCAUCCAUCACCAUGGCAAGUUGAUGUGAGAAGAUUUAUGAAGGUAUGACCACAGAAGAUAUAAGAGAGAUUUGCAUCCAUCACGUUUUAACUCAAACAACUGAACAUUUCCUCCUUCCUUCAGUCUAAAAAAAGAAUUUAUUUUCCAAUAUUCCGGAUAAAUUUUUUUUCAUCCUAAGUGGUUCAAGAAUAUAAUCACAUUGUCUAUGUCUAUAAUCUUGGAAUCUAUGACUAUAGUCCUGGGGCCGGUUGUAUCAAGCCCGUUUAGCUUAAACGGUGGUUAUAAAUAAAACCGACCAUAACUGGCGGUUGGCUGGGUGGGUGGGGGGGGGUGGCAAAACCCCUUUAGGGGUUAGGUUCUAGGGGUUAGGGGUUAGAGGUUAGGGUCGGGUUGGGGGUUGGGAUUAGGAUGCUCAGUUAUAUACCUAGCAUGGGUACUACCAUCCUCGUUCCCAGGGUUUCUCGGCUGCCUGCGUUGCCGUAAGCCCUGGGACAAGCCAAACCGGAACACCACAAAUUCUGGUGUUUUCCGGAAGUAAACGCGUUCUGCUGCAAGCUAAAAAUGCUGACUAUGCACUAAUUUUUACUGAGGAGUGGAGACGUGUUGGUGAGCAGAAAAUAUUGGAUUUUUCAUUUGUUUCGAUGUAUUUUCCACCAUCAAGGGAAUAUGUGCAGACCACCUAAUGGAAUUAUACAUAUUGGGGGUUUAUAUUUCGUUAUAUCGUUAAUAUUCGUCAAAAUACAACCAUAUUUCGGUUUCGUAUUACAUGUAUCAAUUUUCAUGUAUGAUGUAAACAUGAUCGAGUCGAAAUGUGCUCGAAGUGGCCGCUGUGAUUCGAAACCAUCAUGGGUUCUUGUACAGAUGACCUGUUUCAACACGCGCUUGUAAAGUCACUUCAAAGACUGGACAAAGCCGGACUGGAAAUUAAAGAGAAAUAAUUCGAAGCUUUAUCGUCCAUCGACGUAUGUUGUAUAUUAAAAGGAACAAGAACAUGUGACAUGUUUAAACGGCGGUGUGUGUCUGUUUACUGGGUUACAACAACGGCAAUAACAAUGAAUCACCUAACAUUUCAAGAAAAUAUAAAUUAUAGAUGUCAUGUAUGACGCCAUGAGUUUUGGAUUUGAAUUGCUAGAUUUAAAUCUAUAUUUAUAUGUAUACAAAAUCAUGCGUGCGUAAAUUUGAGCAAAAAAGCACAAGGUGUUUGUUUGGCCAUAUGCCCAUCAUGUAGUAUGAAUAUUGAAUACCGUUUUACUGUAUAUAGCACGUUUAAAACGUUAUUUCCAUGCGGGAUAAUCCUGAAUCCUUCACCGAUUACAUGCUGUGGCAAAUGAAGAAAAAUAAUUAUGUAAAAUAAUUAACCUAAUAUGUCUUUGGACAUGAAUGCAACUCACUAUGCUGCUUGAUACAUCUGACAGUCAAAACUAUGUGCAUGACUGUAUGGCUCAAUGUAUGUUAAUUGUUUCAGGGAAAUUUUUGUUUUCAGAUUAAAGUAUAACAAUAUUUUCUGCAUUCCAAUAUAUUUUAAUCUACAUGCAAGUGUGCCUUCUGUUUCAGAUAGGGGCCAAAUCAUUUGAGGCCGAAUGGGAUAGCCAAUGAUUGGAGGGUAAUGUUAGCAAAUUUGACUCCCAUACAUAAUGUCAAGUUAUCACUGGUCAAUUUUUAAAUUUCUUACAAUUUCACAUCGGGGAGUUCAUUGCCCCCUCAUUAUCCAGAAGUGUGACUAAGUGUUUUCUAAUAUCUAUCCAGGGGUCCAAUCUAAAUCUCCACCACAACAGGAUGUAUACCUGAGUGAUGGUAAGGGAGGUGGGGUUAACAUUCUGAUUUAUAAAUAGAUUACUACACAUUUCCACAUUAAAAAUAUGAAAAGUUUUCCAGUUCAAUAGACUGUAUCUAUAGCAGGAGGCUUAAACCAGAAUUUCAGAAUACAAUACAACUUUUAUGUCAUUUUUGUAAUGGUUUAAAAUCAAUUUUUAUACAGACAUGGUAGGGUGUCUCCUGGCUAGAAGCCUGCAUAUCACAUACAAAUUUUCAGUUGUCAAUAUUAAUAGUUUAUUUUAUAAUUUCAAUUCUUACAAGAUUUGCAAUAAGUCAACAGAAUAAGUAUUCUAUUCUGAACUGUUGACAGGAAACAGUGUAAAUACAUGAUCUCAUCCAAUAUAACACAAGAAUUCGAGACCCCCACCUUGGGCAUACCAGGGGCAUUCACUUAGUUUGGUGUGUGAAAUUCAGUGAAGUCCCCUGCAGCCACGACAAAAUGGCAAGGUAAAUUUCUUCGGUCCUAUCAUCCUCAGGUAUUCAAUUGGAAUUUUUACAUGAAAUUUCCCAAACCAUUCCUUUACUGUUCUGUAAAAGCCUUUCCUAGCCGACUGCUUUAUUUCAGCAUUUAUAUAAAAGACUAUGCCUUUCCUAGCCAAAUGCGUUAUUUCAGCAUUUAUAUAGCCGACUGCUUUACUUCAACAUUUAUAUAAAAGACUAAGUGACCCCCCUCCCCCAUGACCUCAUUCAUUCCCGACUUGGACACUGAAAGUAAGUGUCUUCCCUGUUUGCCAAAAAAUGAUAAACCAGUGAAUAAGAGGCGAUUGUCCUUGCAUUAUGCCAAAGGUGCAAGGAUUCAAAUGACUGGUGCAAUUGAACAUGCUUAUAAGCUUAUUCACUGUAUUUAAUUAAAAGCUAUUAAAAUUACUCACUCAUAAUACAACUGAGGAAAAUUCAGAAAUAGUAAAAUACACCCAUAAUAUUUCAUAUGCUAUAUUUAUAAAUUCCAAUUGGCCAUUUUAAUAUAGGGCCAUUUUAAUAUAGGCGGCUAUUAAAUAAGCCAAGUGACCAAUACCAAAAGCAUAAUAAUUAAUAAAACACAAUAUAUUACACCAUUAAAACUUUACUAUCGUAACUAUAUAUUAUUAAACAUUUUAUAUUUACAGUGUGCAUAAAAUUUUACAAUUAUACUUGAGCACAAUGUUUUAAUAAUUAGACAACUUUAUAACAAGAAAAUGUUAAAAUAAAGAAACUUUUUAAUGGCUUCAUAAUUGACGUUUCUUCGAUAUUGUUGCUUACUUCUACUUUAUAAUUGUCCAUUCUGUUAUUUUCUUUCUUUCUGUUUGCAAAUUAUCUCCAUUAAUCCAUAGAAAACAAGCAGUUUACGUUUGUAUUUCUUCGUAUUUCGAAGGCGCACUCCUUGAAGGCAGCCAUAUUGCAAAUAUAAACAUCCACUUGACGAAUAAACUUUUCAUAUUUCACUCUAUUUACAACGACCAAUCAAAUCACUUCUGUCUCGGCUUGUCCCAGGGCUUACGGCAACGUAGGCAGCCGAGAAGCCCUGGGAACGAGGAUGGGGUACUACCCGCAUUCUAAAAUUUAGAAUACAGGCUACGUACCCAUUUAGAAAUAGCGAAACGGCUGGUUGCCCACACAACGCAAAAUUCCCAUUGGUCGAAAUCGAUAUGCCUGUCAAUCAAAUCUGAUAUGUAGUAAUUAUGCUAUAAAUAAUUUUCAGAGUGAAUGUUGAUUUUAUACAGGGUGUGUCAAAAUAAAAGUAAUCGGACGUCAGCGCGCUAUUGUGUCUGAAUUACUGCGUAUGAACGAGAUUUUUCCAUCUUCGGAAAGAUCAGGCUUUUAGCUGUUGAAUGAUAUGUUCUUCAUGCCAAAUGGAUAAAAAAUAAGCAAGUACGAAUCUGAUAAAAAAUGCUAGUCAGAUCGCAUAUUUUCACCGUUGUAAUAUUCUGACUAACAUUUUUUAUCGGACUCGUACUUGCUUAUUUUUUCUCCAUUUGGCAUGAAAACAUGUCAUUCAACAGCUAAAAGCCUCAUCUUUUCGAAUAUGAAAAAAAUGUUCAUACGCCGAGUAAUUCAGGUACAAUAGCGCGCUGAAGUUCGAUUACCUUUUUUUAUACACCCUGUAAAUAAACAUGAGAUUAACGGUUUCCUAUUGGAUAGAUUUAAUUGGAUAUAGUAAUGUUUAUGCAAAGGCAGAGCCAAUUUAACAAGAGAGAAAAGUGGGCGUAUUUCGUUUCUUGCUACCACUCGCGGUCUAGAUAAUUUAGAAAUGAUAUGUGUAGAGAUUAGUAGGCAACAAAGUAAGCCUCUUGUAAUAUCUACCUGGUACCACCUAAUUCGGAGCUCGAUAUAUUUACCAACUUUGAAUUGUUUCUUUUUAAGUGCGAUAUGGAAAAUAAGGAAUUAAUUUUAGUUUGGGAUCUAAACUGCGACGUUAACAAACCAACUCCCGAUUCACACACUCAUAAGCAGCAAACUUUAAGCUCUUUAUAUCAAUUAACUCAAGUCAUUAAUGAACCUACGAGAAUUACGGAGACAACAUCCACACUGAUAGACUUAAUACUAACAAAUAAACCUGAAUAUAUUUCGACUGUUGGUGUUUUACACCUUGGUAUAUCCGAUCACAGCUUAGUCUAUGCUGCAAGGAAAUUUGAAUUACCUAAAUCUAGACCAACUAUAAAAGAAUUCCGUGAUUUCAAACACUUCUCUGAAUCGCAAUUUCACGCUGAUUUACUGUAGGUACCCUGUCCCUGGGAUACUAUUUGCUACGAUGAUCCCAAUACAUGCUGGAUUGUAUGGAAAUCAAUUUUUAUGCCAAAGGAGAACUAAAGCUAACUCGGUCCCAUAUUAAGCAACUAAUGAGGAAUGGAGAUUACCAUAAAAAGAAAGCCAUUAGAUUUAAAUCAUCAAUUUACUGGGAUAAAUACAAAUCUCUACGGAACAGAGGAAUAAGCAAAUGCGUAAAAGAAAAAUUGACUUUUAUCACAAAGAGAUAGGGAACUGUACAUUAUAUUCAAAUGAUUUCAAAAAUAUUCCCUUACUGGAAGGAAUAACAAAUCUACCACUAUUACAGAAAUAUCAGUAAAUGAUAACAGCAUUACCGAUUCUAAGUUAAUCGCUGAAUCAUUUAAUGAAUAUUUUGUUAACAUUGGCCCUAGCCUAUAGCUUCUGAAGCAAGUGAAGACCCUCUUGCUCAACAUACUACGAAUAGCUACCAUAAUUCCAAUCCUACAACAGAUACGAUAUUCCAUUUCCAUCGUAUUAAUGUAGAUAACAUUGUCCUGGCAUUAAUGAACCUUUAGGUAAACAAAUCUACUAGCCUUCAUAAAAUUCCUGCCAAUGUUCUCAUACUCUCUACGGAUAUUAUAUUGCCCCUUCAUUAACAUAUAUAUUUAAUUUAUCACUUGACACUGGUAUUUAUCUUGAUGACUGUAAGCGCGCGCGAGUAAUUCCAAUUUACAAAUCUGAAGAUCGACGGAAAUGUGAAAAUUAUAGACCAAUGUCCAUACUCCCCAUUGAGAGAGAGGUUUUUCGACAGCUUUAUGGCAAUCUUUCCAAUAACUCAUUACUAUCUAAAUUCCAAUCUGGGUUUAGACCUAAACACCCAACCCUGUCUGCAUUAAUUCCUACAAAUGUGUGAUAAUUUACUUAAAAACAUGGAUAGUGGACAAUGAUAGUGGACAAUUAAAUUGUAUAGUCUUUCUUGAUGUUAGAAAAGCCUUCGACUUCAUAAAUCAUGAAAUUCUGAUUGAUAAAAUGCGUAAUUUUUUCGGAGUAACAAGAAACCAACUAAGAUGAUUCGAAUCAUGCCUGAAUAACAGAGUUCAACAAUGUCUUAUAAACGCACAACUAUCGAGCCCAAAAAAGAUAAUAUGCGGAGUUCCACAGGGAUUCAUCCUUGGUCCUCUACUAUUUUUAUUAUAUAUAAAUGAUAUGCCUGAUUUGUUAUGUCACUCAACUCCUUCACUCUAUGCUGAUGACACGGAAAUUUUUGCAUCUUCUAAUGACUGCGCUGACCUUGUCGACAAGGUAAAUAUUGAUCUUGAAAAUAUACGCGCAAAUGGAUGAUAAAAAACAAACUUCAAAUCCACCCCAGUAAAUUGAAACAUAUGUUCAUUUUUUUAUGCAGGGGGCAGGAUAUUUUUCUUAGUUGUUAAUUGAAUUUUUCCACACCACCCCCGGUCAUAAAUAAUGAAUGGUCCCUAAGUCAAACGUUUGUAUUGUCCCGUAAUGUGUAAGAUAGCGUAAAUGCAAAUAAAUGAAUAUCGAAUGGAUUUUCCGAAACCAGUCAGAUGUUGCAAUAAUGUGGUUGGGCGUAGAGCUAUGGCGAUAUCCUUUGUUGUAACUGAACAACGUUGUAAACCACUGUCGUCUAUCCAACGUCUCGGAUUGAUCUACCUAUACAACUACCUGGAAAACACGAGGAGAACUUCGACGUUUCGAGCGAAGGCCCUAGCUUCGUCGGGAAGUUAGUUCAUUAAUGUUUUAUUAGGCGAAUGGAAUGCAAACAUGAUAGAUAUAUUGAUAACAUAUAGUUUCCUUAUCGAGUGAUAUUUGUGUACACGUUUGAACACAAUAGUGCACAAUGGCAGGACAGCAUAAUAUUGUAAUUUUUGAUUUGCUUAAUAUACAGCAUGUAAGUGAAUUUAACAGAAUUAUUAACGUGGUGCUUUUGCCUAUGUCUAGUGUCAGACCCACGGUUGGCUGGCCAGAUUCUUGUUUACCAUCCUUUAUUUUCACUUGCCAUGCCCACUGUCAGUUUCUUUAUAUUUAGGUCUUGUAGACAUCCCGUCAAUCUCUUCUCUACUUUCCGCGGUUUCCAUUUGUCUUCGGGAGAAUUCCUCUGACUGGUUCGCUUUCUUUUCUUAGUUACAGUGUAUUUCAUUCCACUAAUGGCGUCCUCUAUCCUCGAAUCUGUGUCUUGUUUUUAUUUCAUCACCAAUAUAUCUCUCAGCCCAUCUCUCCUCAGACAUCUCUCAGCCUAUCAGUCCUCUCUGCCACCUCCAUACUAAAAACCGAGCUGAACACUCCUCACUGAACUAUCCUCACUGACUGAUUUAGUUUUUUGUCCAAUACCUUUCCAAGAACUGACUCGAGAAGCUUUGUAGUGUUCGUACUACUACAGUUUUACAUUACUUUCAUAAGAUUGAGACCAUGCAAAUUGCGCUUAAAUUGUUUCACCAUGCAUGAUUUUGAUUUUAUACAGCGACAUUCACGACAUUAGUAUAAAACGAUUGCAACUGAGAUGCUCUUCUACUAGUAAUUUGUAAAGUAUAGUCUAUAGAGACCACGAGGGCAUCUGUACCGGGCUUUUUGCUAUGAUGCAAAACAGGCAAAUCGUCAGUGGCCCAAGUAUCGAACUAGUAUCUGCUAUCACAAAUACUACCUCGCAUGCCUUUUCAAUGUAAUUAAGUGUGCUGGUGAAAACAUUGAACAUUUGACUUCAACAUAAUGAAAGAAUUUAUCAAUUUUGUUCAUGUUUCUUUACAAUCAUUGAUAAUAAACUCAUUCAGAUAAUCAUCAUCAUUUUUAAUAUUCUGACAGUCAUCUUCCAGUUCUUAUUUAUGAAAUUUUGUAACCGUAUACAGCUAUUUCAAUUAAGGUUGUCCACGAGCAAAGCGGAAAAGUCGAAUACCAGCGCGAAAGGCUGCUGGGAAUCGUUAACAAAUUAAUGAAUUUUGAAAGCGAUUCCCAGCAGCCUUUCGCGCUCGUAUUCGACUUUCUCGCUUUGUUCGUGGACAACCUUAAUUGAAAUAGCUGUAUGACAAGACUUGUUGGAUUUCACGACAUCCAUUAUAUUUAUUAUUAUAUUAUAAUGCCAGUCUAUAUAGGUAUAAGAAUUAUGAUGGAGUUUUCAAUUGAAAACUAUUCAAACAUUUUAAACCUAACACUCCUCUGAAUAGCUUUUUGGCGAACUCUUUCAUUUAGUCAUGCAAGACGUUUUUGAGAACGGGCUCCGCUGAAUUACUUGCUCACUUUUCUAGUUCUGUUGUGUGUUUUGCUAAAACAAAUGGAAAUUAUUGUCUCCUCCCCGUUUCCUACGGCCUUGACUAUACGUGUCAAUCACAAUGCCGUAAUCGAAAGUGAUUGGUUCGCUAAAAUUUUGCGUAAGGCAGCUGUUAUUCCAUGCCGAAUUGACAAGACGUCAAGUUGCGGUCUACGGUCUUUGACUGACGUGACGUCGUGGUCCACAUUCCACGUUCAAUUAAUCUUCACAACAAAUAGGUACACUUAGCGUACAUGUAUCUGCUCAAGGAAAUGGCUGUUAGUUUCUAAAUAUUUUUCUGCCCCUCCCCCUUGAAUAAUGUAGAUUUUAUGAGACAGUUGAAAUCAUUAUUAACAGUAUAUUAGCCUGUCCAAGUCAAAUACGGUAAAUAUCAAAAUCAAUUAAAACUGAGAACGAAUGUACCAAUUCAGAUUACCACAUACUAUAUUAUCUUAUUUGAAUACAAUGUUUAUCGCAUGUAAGAGUCUUAUGCAGACCUGGUCCCCCUGACCUCCACAGCCACUGUUGCAACCAAUGGAGGACCAUGGAGCAGCGAGGGGAUAUCCCCCACCUUUUUGCUGCAUAAAGAGUAAAUCACUCAAUGAGAAGUUUUGUGAGGACAAAUAAUAAUAAUACAAUUUUUUUAAACUGGUAAAGGACCGGUCAUGAGGGGAUUGCAAAAGCUCCAGUCUUUUGACCACUUGCAAGGCCAACAUUUUCGAUUACAAAUUAAAUUAAAGUUACAUGUGCUAUAAUCAAGAGUGAGAUACCUUGUCCGACAUACUGUAGUCAAAUUCCUGGACAACUUUGUUUGUAAAUUAAUACUGAAUCAUCUUAACAAAGUUACAAUUAAUGCAACGCCCAUUACUUACAAAAAAAUAAAACAAAAAUGGCGUCGGAUUCCUACUUCUCUCUCAUUUGUUGUCAGCUAGCCAUCUUGAACUAAUUAAAUGAUCACUCAGUUAUACCAGAGUUCAGAUACGAAUCAGACGAUAUAUUAUUAACAAAGUCCAGUAACUAUAGUAAGCGAAUGGCUAAAAUAAACUCCACUAACAAUAUAUCUGCACAACAGAUACAAAAAUUGCAUUCUCACCACUUUUUAUGUUAAACUAAUUUGAAAGCAAAUUAAAUCAGUGUUUAACAGUUUCUUUUUAAGUUCCCAAUAUGAAAAGCCGACGUUUAAUAGCGCCAAAUGUGGACACAAAAUGUGGACGUGUACCAUGCCCAUUAUGAUUUUCUAUCUACCUGGCCGUUUUUUUAUUUUCUUGUCUUCUGAAACUUUGCAUUAUCUUUGGGAUCUCUAGGUUCCAUUGUUAACAACAUUCAGUCGUAUGCACUUAUUCCCACUGCAUAUCUGAUUCCAUCUUCAGCGUCUACAGCUUCAUUAAUUUCUUCUUUUAUCUUCUGUUUACUAAACGCUAUUCUCAUUAAGCAAUGCUCUUGAUGUUGCUGCAUCAUUCUGUCUCGAUCUUCACCUUCCAUCUUCUCUUUAUGUUUCUCUUUCCUGGAUCUUACACGAAACCAACCAACAAUCCGUGUCUUUAUAAGGUAUAUGACUUGUGUGAACUAUUUGCGUCAGUUUAAAGGGUAUAGUGCCACUAGACUCCCUUGCAUCAUCUCCAGCCAUGGAUCUUUAACCAAAUAUAUUGACUGGUAUAAAUGAUUUUUUCUGUGUUGGUGUUGUGUACUCAGGUAUAAAUGAAUAGUCUUCACCAUGGGGCACUCUGAAGUUUUAGAAGAUUACUGUUGCAGAAUAGAUAGAGCGCGCGCACGGUAGCUGAUAAAUUAUUGUGGUACUAUUAUAUAAAUUUCUGUAACGAUGUUUAUAGAUUUGUAAAUACGACAAGUCUGACGAGACAAAAAUUAAGACUGUAAAUAUUGUAUUUUAGCUCAUCUAUAUCAGACCUGAAAAUUGCAAAUCGUCAACAGAUUAAGCAUGUGUAUUAGAAUAUAAUUAUGCUAGCUUAUGUACUUAUGUCCAACAAACUCAAAUGAUCAUAUGAAAUAUAACUCUGAACUAUUCAUCUGACGUCGAUUCAGAUGAAAGCAUGUGUGUUAAAAUAACUUUCUCUAAAAUCUGCAAUGAUUAAAUUGAACAUUUAGUAAAACAAUUCAGCAAAACUUGGUUGGCAAAGGUUCAUUUUUUCAACGUCGGAACUUCGGGAAAUCUAAUACAAAUCAGUGAAUAAAAAGUUUAUACCCAUAUCGGUUAUAUAUAUAUAUAUUAGUUAUAGCAAUAACUGUUAGGAACAACUCUCGGCUUUCGUGGAAGGAAAUAGCAUGAGAACGAGGUUCAUUAUUUCGCGGCAACCUCCAUUGUUUACCCAAAAUACGACUAAACUCUAAAUAUUGGUUUCAGUUUACAAAUUUGUGAUGAUUACGUAUUAAGUUUCAAGAUGGUUUUUUCUUGAUACUCGUUUUAUUCCAUUUUAGUUGUAACUUCAGUGCUCUGAUCUGGUGGGAGAACAUUUGGUUAGCACAUAACUCCACAGUUACCUUGUUUGGUAUUCUUAGCUUUACAAUGCCGACGAUGACAGAGACUAAAUGAUUUAAAUUAAAGACAUUGGGAAAUAACAGGGGCCGGUUGUAUAAAAAAGUGAUUAAAGUUAACUAUAAUUAAGUGCAAGCGUCAUCCAAUAAGAAGAUCGUAUUUGAGAGUUACUACAAAAUAGUGAUUAAAAAAGUGAUUAAGAGUUUUAUACAACCGGCCCCAGAUAUUUUAAGAGAGCAUGUAUGAUGGCAAAACCUUCCAGUUUACAGUGUUGGUUGUCAAUCUAUAGUGCCUUUAAAAACGAGUGCAGUCCUAAGCUGCCAAAUUGUAGUAGCAGAAAAAAACUGCAUGAAGCUCAGGUUUGUGCAUGUGUAAAAAAUGUCUAUAUAAAAUAAAAAAUACACUUGCAACUUGAAUUUAUUACUAAUGACGUGGUUUAGUUGCAUUUAAAUUUUACUUUAAAUGCGUGUAUUGAUGUAAAAAGUAGGUUUAAAACCAAAUUAAAAGUUGCUGCUAAUUUUCCAUUUCAAACAUACGCUCUGAACAAUUUAGUACUUGUUUAAUUUGUAAUGUUUUAAAGGACGGUAACCAGUGUUCCUAAAUAUAUAGUAUAGCAGUUAUUAUAGCUAGUUACUGUAAAUAUAUACAGAUAUGCAUGGGUACUGGAUCUUUAAUCAUUGGUUAUGGUUACAUUGAAUUCCUACGAUUCUCUAUUCAAAGUCGUUCGCCUAUCAUGAAUAGCGUUGUCCGCAAUUGACGUCACGAAAAUUCGACCCCCCGCGAAGACUCAGACAAACAUUGGCAACAUUUAAUAUAAAUAGUAUUAUGAUUAAGAGCUUCCUGUGAGUUAGUUUGAUAGUUUGAUGUUUGUUUACAGUUUAUUUGUGCGAAAUCAUACACACCUUGUACUUUUCGCUUUACCUGAAGUGCCAGUGCAAAAUAUUUUUGCUUUGGAAGUAGAAAUAUACACUUUUUCGUCACUUUAGUAUCGACUGUCGUCGUUUCUAUCAUAAGCGGUGUCUACUGUAUUAUAAUAGUACAUGGUUUGGCGUAACUGUUGCUAUAAAAGAGGCCAUAAAGAAAGGGUAUGCAAAAGAAAGGGCGAUAGAAAGUCUGUAGUAGCAGAUAUUUAACCGAAAAAAUCUCGUAGUCGUACCAGAUUUAAUUCGUAGCCCUAGCGAAUCAGUUCUAAAGUUCCCUAUUUAAUGUUGUUGAUUUCAUGUUUAUACUAACUUAUAUUUUAAUACUCGCUUUAGUGUGCAUUAUUUUAUUACUUUAGACAUCUCUAUAAUUAAUAGCAAAGUCCAAAGCCAAAGAAGCUAGGAUUGUUUACUAUAAUCUAUUGACUACAUAUUCAACUUAUAAAAUACGGAUUUAUUAGGAAUGUAAUUAAAACUAAUACUUUCAAAUUUAAACUUUUUUAAAAAAUGUCAAAGAUAAACUACAAACUAUAUAAAAUCUCAAAUAUAAAAUCUUCCGUUGACCAGUAAAACUAUUUUAUUUUGACAAUACAACAAAAAUAUGUUAUUAGAAAAACAACAUUUUUAUUUAUCUAUUUUUAAAUAUUCCGUUUUGUAAAAUAGAGAACCGCCCUUUAACACUGUGUUAAUUAAUAGCCUAACACUGUCUGGUAAACUAUUGCUUCUCUCUCAGUCAUAAAUUUAACAACAGACGCUCUCACUGAAAACGAUGGCGUCCCAGACUCAUAUUUUGAGCAUGAUCCAUCUGCUUAUACUGUCGAUUAAGCCUGGUUCACAUAUGCCUGCGGCAUGCCUGCGGCAUGCCUGCGACUGUAUCAUUAUGCCUCAACUUGCCGCCGAAAUACCGGGAAAGUUGAACUCAAGUCAACUUUCCCGGCCUACCGCCGAUGUAACUGAGGCACUGGAGUCAAUCGGCGAACAAAUAUUCACAUAAUCCACGUUUUAAGCUACCACCGGCAUCGUCGUCGGUACGUCGCAGGCACGUCGCAGGCAUAUAUGUGAACCAGGCUUUAAACUCAAGCAGAGGUUAAAAUGUAGAGGCCGGCUUAUAGCAAAGCGGUAUAAAACGCCAAGUUCUUCUUCAGCGAGUUCGGGAAAGCAUCAUUCGCUGGAUGUAUUGACGGGGGAAAAUGGUUAGCUGCGAGAGUUCUUGGAGAAAAACCAGCACAGUCCGCAGUCAAUAACAAUCAACACAUUGCUACUGCAGACAUUCCCGUCCCGUCCGACUUUUCAAUUCCCUGUUUCGGCAGUUUUUCUUAGUAUCUCGAAUCACUUGGACAUGUUCCCCAGCAACAGUGCUUAGCAUUAACCAUGUUUGUAAUUUGGGAUAAAUUUGAAUUCGUUUUAGCACAGAUAAAAUAAAUAAAAACGUCAAUUUAAACCAAUUUAUGUUCGCUGCUAGUACAAUUCUAUACAAAAUGUUAGUUUGUUUGUCUGAGUCUCGUGGGGGGUCUUCACUUUGAUAAUCUAUUUUUAGCUACUGCGGAUAACGCUAUUCAUCUUAAUGGUAAAACGAGAUGUGAAAGUUCCAGGCUUUUUUUUUAAAUGCCGUGAGCAUUUUUAAAAUUUAAGAUCAAGGCGAACACCCGCAUGAUUCGGUAUGUUGUGCUUACCAAAUAUGCCCACUUGAAGGUUUGUCAAUUUAGAGCACUUAUUAUCAAACUAUCUUAUACAAAGAACAGACAUUUUUGUAAGGAAAUAUUUCUGAGAAAUGGGACUGACCUUGGCCGUUUACUAAUAGCUGCAACAAAUAUUUCUCUACAUCAACACUUAGAAACAGAGCUGACCUAAUUGCCGGGAUUAUGGUCCUUAAGAUCAAUCCUAUAUAAAAAGGAAUAUUUCCAGUAUUUGAAUGUGUGUACUUAAGCUAUUGACCAGCCAUGCAUGAUGGCUCUGCUUUGAGUGCUAUCACUAGAUUGCUAUGAAGGAUACCUAAAUAUUUACUGUAUUAUGCACACUUGGUACCUUUGUACAAAUGCAGUAAGACAUGGGGGACUAGAGAACACUUAUCUUAUAGUUCAUAUAAUUAUACUUAAAAUGACUAACUUUUGAUACACAGCAACGUGAUGUAAGUUCGGAGAACUAUGCUUUUCUUUAUAUAUUGGAAGAUUGUAUCAUAUUGUACAUUUAAUAUAAAUGAUUUCGAGUGCCAAGAUUUCUAAUGACCGAUGAUUUCUUACUCCAAAAAUACAAGGUUAUAUGAAGAGAAAAAAUUCCCAGGUUAAUAAGUAACUUCUGGUUCAAAAGUAACUCCUCUACUCCAUACAGCUUAUCCAGUAGUGGUUAUUUACUUGCAGUUGCAAUGGAGGGAAAAGCCUUUUGACAUUCUCACCAAACUGUAACUUACAUCCAAGGUCAGAAAAUCAAACAGGACAAAAUGUCCGACAAUACUCUAUUUCGAUCACUAACGUUAGGGUGCGGUUUCCCCACACAUCAACCGAGAUUUCCGUCAUUAUCCAGAACCCCCGGUGAUCUAAUGGAUGAUCUUAUUAACGCUGUACAUACCUAACUAAUGUUGAUUUCAUACAUCUAUCUCUUUUCAUUACUAUAUAGAGUAUUUAUUCUGUAAUUAAAUCACUCACCAACCGCGUUAACGACGAUUCAUUAUUUUCCCAAACCUGUUUUCCCAAAUCUUCUCAUGUCAACACAAUGGAGACACUUUAUAACUAUAUACUUGCAUUCCUGGAAAUAAAAAGUUGAUUCUUACUACUAAGACCCCAUUUACACGGCACCCGAAGCAAAUUUUAUAGUCCGGAUAACAAUUUGUGAUCGUUGUGUUCACACGAUUUGGUUUUCCUAUUUUACAGCGGCGGAAAUUAGGUGUUUGUUCGGCAAAAUUUUGGAAGUAUAAUUGGACGUUACUAUUUUCUUUUAGAAUAUUCGAAGUCUUCGUAUACUUUAACAAUAUUAAUCGGUAUGGCUAAGUAUAGCUUGAAAUAUUUAAGAAAAUCUACUGCCUUAAACGAUAUCAAGAUUCUUCCAGCGUAUUAACUUUGUUGUAAUGCUGUUAUCUUGGCAUUUAGUAAGAAAGUUGAUGUUUCCGUUUGUGUUUUUUGCUCAAAGUUGGUUUUUGGAAAUAUUGAGGCCAUAUUAAGCAUGAAAUAACCAAGUGGGAAUUUAAUACAUUUAUUAGACCUAAGAAGGAGCAGCUGCCCGUUGCAGCACUCUGACUAACAGCUAACUAACUGAGCUACACAUGUAGGCCAGUUGUUGAGCUCUUACCCAUAGGUGUACGGGGGGGGGGGGGGGGGGGCAGUUGCCAAGUCUAAGGGAAAAUAUUGAAACAAAAGUAAGAAGUAGUUUUCGAUUUCAAUUGUCCAUGCAUUUUCCUCAAAUAUUUCAUUAAACUUGCGUAAAUAAAUUCACAAGAUCACAUUCAAUCACACUACACCGUGCGACGGCGUGUAAACUUAGGGAACUGGAACGAAUCCGUACAAAUAUUUGGCCAGUUGGCCAGUUUUGCAUGCGUUUACACUAUAGUUACACGGCACUGGACAAAUAUUUUCCCGGCACAUUUUAAAACUAACAACCUUUCCUAGGAAGACAAAAUACUUGCGUAGAUGUAUGUGGUGAAAAACGUGUCCUGACAAUACGGGUGAUGUUGUGUAAACGCAACUAGAGUAUCCUUACGAAUAUUGUCGCCCGAAUAUGUCCAAACAAAAACUUGCCCAGUGGCUGAAUCAGAACUUAUAUCACAAAUGCCCUGAGAGAAAUAUUUUUAUUUCACCAAUAUAUGUUCAUUACGAAUGUGAGACAAUUUCCUUAUAAGUAAAUCCAAUUUAAUUGUUUUAAUAAGAAGAUCUAAAUAUCUUUUUGGAUAAUUGGGUUCUCAUACUGUUCCUGGAGAAAUCUAUAAUAUCAGAUAUUCUACUUAAUCAACUAUGUAUUUAUUAGUACCUAUGUAACUGCCUAUUGCCGAUAUUGUUCCAACUAUGGUAUAGGUCUAGCCUGCGCGCAGGCUACUAUAGGUCCUCUGGGAGGUGCAUUUUUUCGCGAGAUGCCCAAAAUCUUCAUGAAUGUCUACUGAUAUACGUACACGGGCUUACCAAUAUCUAGUGUUUUAUGUACUGUUUAAUAAACGAGCAGGAGUAUUUUAUUAGGUUUAAAGUCACGAGCGCGCAGCGCGAGUGGCUUUAGACCUAAUAAAACACGACCUGCGAGUUUAUUAAACGGCUUCAAACAUGCACGACUACAAAUUCAAUAGAUAUACUGCCUUAUUAGUAUUCUUUAUAUAAAGAAUACUAAUUAGGAAUGUUUUAUCAGGUUUAAAGCCACUGCACGUGACAUAUUAUGGUUGACAUGAUUUGCCAAUAAGCUUAUGAAUUAUUAAUGAGUGUUUGAAUGAUAUUUUGCUUGCAAUUUUCCUACAAUUAUCUGUGAACAGUUGUUGAUUAUUGUUCAAAUAUUUUUUGUUAACGGACUGAACCAGGGCGCUAAAACUGAACCUAGCUCCUACCGUUUACUGAUUAACCGCCACUUUUACGACCAGUUUUAAUACAAAACAAUAUCCAAUAAUAACGAAAACGGUAAACAUUUUCAAAAUUGUUUCGAAUAAACACUUUUUAAAAUGUUUACCGUUUUCAGAGUUAGUAUUGUUUUGCAUUUAAUUAAAAUACUCAGUGGUUCCCGCAAUUUACGAUCAGUUUACUUGGCAUAUUCGCAUUUUUCUGAAUUUAGUUUGCUGCUUGGACUGUAUUGUACCUAUAGGGUCUACCUACAUGCUGUUUUGAAUCAGAGCUCCAAUUCGAUUGCUCAUAAAUAUCAGAUCUAAACUUAUUGAUGUCGGAUUAGACAAUAAUGUCAAAUAUAUAAGAGAACACGAAAGGCUAAAAAAUCACUAUUCACACUUACCAUUCACGUAUUGACAGUUUCUCUACACUACUUAAAAACACAGCUGUCAAGGCAGCAGCACUCUGUUUUCAUUUCUGGAAGCUGUAAAAAAGUUUAAAAUUUUUAAAAAUUCUCCCUUUGGCUAAAUGAGCUUUAUAAGGACACACGCAGUGCAUAAGAGUGCAGACAGAAAUAUUUUUGUACUUAGCAAACAUGCCCUGCGAGAAAUAUUUUUAUUUCUCUUUAAACUUUGGUGAGAAUGUAAGAAAAUCUGAAAAUGCAUGCUCAUUUCCUGUAUUAUUAAAAUCCAAUUUGAAAUACUUUUUAAUAAGACAAUAUAGAUUUUGGAACAGCCCUUUGUGUUUUGAUGGGAAAAUAUUUUAAUACUUACAGUAUAUAUUUUAUCUAUACACAUAUCUGCUUUAGACACUACUCAUCUAUAUUGCUGUACUUCAUGGGUCUACAUACAUGCGUACCUCAUCUACAUGAACUGUCGAAAUCACGUUACUUUUACAUAUUUCUGGUAUUUUCGAAUACUAUAUUGCAUAUGUCUUCUUUUUAAAGUUAUUUCCCCCGAUUUUUGCCUGAAUUACGUUUAUAAUUUGCUCGACUUCGUUUUGAUUCCCCCCCCCCCCGUACACCUAUGGGUUAUUGCAAGUUCGGUUCUUGCCAAAGGGCAGCUGCUCCUGGUUAGGUUUAAUAAAUGUAUUAAAUUCUCACUAGAAAUUUCCAUCUAUAAAACCCUUAUAUACAUCUCGAGUGACGUGCCCAAAAUCCUUGUAUUUCCCCAUACCUCUCAUCUACAUAGUGUGGUGAAUUUUAUUUAAGGGAUACUUAAUAAGGGGGUCUCCUGCAUUGUGGAGGCACUUUGAGAAAAAAUCUUAAUGUAGUAAUAAAUCCGCUUUUAACAGUAUCAAAUAAUGAUUUCGGAACAUGCUUUAUAUAGAUGGAUUAGAUGUGUGCAAGAUGCGCAGCACUGUCUGAUCACAAUUUUUCAUCGAAUUUAAACGAACCUAAAACUACACUCUGAGAAACAUGGGGGUUGCCGCCCCUUCGCUGCGCUACUGCCUACAUUACAUAUACAUAUACAUACAGAUCUAUACUUACCUGCCUACCAUCAUACCAAUUUGUCAGUCACUUCACAUAUCAAUAUUUCCAGUCCAGUAAUGCUGCAUAUGAUAUAUUGAUUAUAGUUAUAGUUUGCUUUUCAAAGUCCAAUCAAAUUCCAGCAAGUAGCAUUAAUUACGUUUUUAUUAAAUUUGGUUCAAAGGAACCAUUAAAUUUAAAAAUAUUUAUAAUGCGCUAAAACUAUAAAUAUUCUAAAGCGCACUUUACAAUAAUAAAAUUAUAAAAUUACAAUAUCGCAUAUCUAUUGCAGGAAAGUUUAAAAUUUUCAACGCUUACAAAAUACAUGUAUAUCAAGAAAAUGGAGACUACUACUAAUGGAUAUAUAGAACAAUAAAACAAUAGUCCUAUUGUUCCAUGAGUUGAAUCCGGAUCCCGCAAUUGUGAAAACUACCCAUUUGAUCGCAGAAACACAUCAAUUUAUGAUUAAUUCUUUAUGUAAUGACUAUUCAAACUACAAGCUGGCCAUGAGUUAGUAGAACUACCCGAGCGAUUGCGAAAGUUUUCAAUUACAUAUAAAUGCAUGCAUGCAUGUUUGCCAUAUAUAUAACGACGGUACCUCUACCCGCACCCUCCAUUCAAUAUUGUGUCGGUCAUGGCAAAGUUGUCCUAGAUUUUUCGCUACAAAAUUGAAGUUAAACAAUUAACGUUGAAUCAGGGAAGCAUGGGAGUAAUAGCCUACGUAGGGAAAAAACGUGCGUGUUUCUAGGGUUUUUGCCUAGAUUGCAUAUUUAGCCAGUAUAUAUACUCGAUUUUAUGGCUCUUCUGUGUCCCUUAUAGUGUAUGUCGUAUACUGCCAUUUUUUCUGAAAACUUUCUUUUAAAUAUUGUCAGCUUUAGUCUUUUGAGAACAAUUUUUUUAUUCUUAUAUGCACGAACAAGGUAUCACUGUAUAACACUGACGUACUGGCUGGCAUUUUGCUGAAUUAAACAAGAACUAUAUAGUAUAUCGCAAAACGUUUGAUAAUUAAAAUUCCGGAUCAACGUGCACCAUUUUCUGACUUAAUGCAUGACUGUAAAAAUAUUUUUCAAUUCUAUUCUGUAAUUUGCUGUAAAUUAACUAAAUAUAAAUACUUACACAAUUGAUAUAACUAUAGGUAGACUACGAUCUGUCCCAGCGUAGAUAUAUAGUGACAAAAAAACAGAAACUGUUGAUUGAUAUGCAUUCAACUGCCUGAAAAGCACAAAUAAAACUUCGACGUUUCGAAGGCUUUUUGUUGGGAAGUUAGUGACGAAAAGCCUUCGCUCGAAACGUCGAAAGUUUUACAAAUCUUUCAGGUAGUUGAAUCCCUAUCAACCACAGUUUCUGGUAUAAUUAGGUUGACACAUGUUGAGGAAAUCUUUAUAGCAAAGUUAAUAAAAAUGAAUCAUGGAUAAAAUAUGAACUAUACCUUGUUCUUGUUUGUGGCUCAUCAAACUCUUUUCGUUAACUUUUAAAUAUGUCCAACGGAGUUACGGAGCACUCUUACUGGGAAUAAGAGUCUCGCCUUCGCAGACUGCUCUACUUGAGGUUCGAGUACAAUGAAUUUCAUUGCCAAACACAAUACUGCUUUCUUUUGUUAAUUGACUUUAAUCCGGAAAUGCUUAAUCACCAAGGAUUGAAACUAGUCAUGCAUGUAGUUGUCUAUCACGCAAGAAACUAAAAAGCCUCAGUUCCUUCUUUAUUUCGCAUUGAAAAUGAGAACGAAGGAUUCGAAUAUAAAAUUCACCUGGAAAAUACUUAAUACUAUAACAAAAAGGAUGGAAAGUUUUAAAUAAUCACUCAUCAUUCAGUAGUGCGCAGAGCUUGAAGGAAAUAGCAUAAACAUAACGAAAGACCAUAAAAAUUGAAGAAUUAACUGCGGCACGUCUUCGUACUUAAUUUUAGAGUCUAAUAUAUAUUAGUUAUGAUCUGCUCAAGCUGUUGUGUUGACCUUGAAAGGUCUGUGCCACAGUGCCAGUGUAGAUAGUAGAGAGUUUGAGCAAGACAACGAAGUUCCAUAGACGAAGGCAUAUUUGACAAUUUUUGCCGUCCGCACAUUAUCUUGCGCAUACUGAGUUGGACAUCACUAGUGGUUUCUCAACGUGUCUUCCCAUGUGUCGCUGUUUAUGAAUACUGACCAUAAUUCUUGCCCUGAUCCAGAAAAAAACCAGCGAGACAUGAAACUAUAUCCCGUCUUUGUCCUUCUGUCUUCGUGCAGAACGAAGUUCAGAACGAAUUUUGCCAAAAUAUUCGUUGUGAACGAAGGCACAGGAACGAAGACGGGAUAUGGAUUCAUGUCUCGCUGUUUUGUUCUGAUCAGGAUAAGGAUUUGAGUAAACAUUCACAAACAGCUAGACAUGAAUCUCUAAUCUGUCUUCACUCCUGACCCUAAACUCAGAAUGCGCAAGGUAAUGUGCAAGACAGGCAAAAAUUGUCAACCACGUCGUCGUCGUCCGACUUCGUUGUCUUGCUCAAACUCUCUAGUGCCAAUAAUAAGCGGACAACUUGGGUUGAUAGGGAUGCAACGACCUGAAAAAUACAAGGAGAACUUCGACGUUUCGAGCGAAGGCUGACUAAUGUCCCGACGAUUGGCCUUACCUCAACACGUCGACGUUUUUCUUGUAUUUUUCAGGUAGUUGCAUCCCUAUCAAUCUCAAGUUUUCUUGUUAUGUUGACCUAUAGGCCACAACCAUGUGCAGACAUGUGCUUCAUUUGCAUUUAGGAAUUUAAUGCUGUGAUAUCGUUUCCGCAUCUGCAAAUUUUGUGUAUCAUAUUGUGAUGCAACAUUGAGAAGGGGGAGUGGGGAUUUGACACAUAUGCAUGUGAUAUAUAAUUCCAUUUAUCUUAUAAAUUGCUACAAUUUCGUGCUGUCCACAAGGUUUUUUGGUCUGGAUUGUAGGAUUUGUAGCUCAUGGUUAUUCCAAAAUUUGGGCAUCUCGCUCGAUAGAAAUUACAGUUGAAAAGUUUUUGUAUAUGGAAAUUUCAAGCGGAAGAUUAUAUGCAAUUUUAGACCUAACCAAGAACAGCUGCAAAAAUGAAACUACAGACCCUCUGGCAGGAAUCCAACAUGCCAGUCCCUUGUCACGUGAUAUUUUUGUGGCGACAAGUUUUGUGGUGAAAUCGACGUUCUUCCUCUUUUCACUUUAUGAACUUUGAUAUCUGAAUAUGCAAUCAAAAUUGUUUCAGGAUGUUAUUUGUUCCUUAAAAACAAGUUCGUGAGAAACUUGCCUUGCACUAUUUACUUUGCGGUAUUCCAGCUGUUAAUUUCAAGGUAUUUACAAUUAAUUGCACAAAAUCCUGUUACUAAGCUGGCUUAUCAAAUAUUGCGGUAUGGAAAUCCAGUAUUUGUGAACACUCGAAUGAUUUAAACCAAUUUUUAGGUUAAUUAAACUGCACUUAAUAUUCCCAUCAAAGUCUGACUUUACAUCGGGCAAAUUUUCAACGGUAUGUUUGUACUAAAAUCCAUGUCAUGGAAACACAAUUUAUCAUGCGACACGCUACCUCAUUAAAUAUAGAACGGGCCCACCAAAGUGCUUGGGAGAAUGGGGCGCAAAUUAAUAGUAAAAAUAAACACAUUCGUGACCUUGGUUAUUAUCAUAGCGUAACUACACAGAUUUCCUGUAAUGUAUGAUAUAAAGCCGCCUUUCUAGAAAAUCCGAUAAUCCGGAAGAGACCGCAACAUAAUAGUACAACGUUUUUUACGUCUUCAAGAGGUUGUUUAAACAUGAAGAUGUUAAUUUAAUUAAAAUGUCCAUUUGAAACUCGAUGACUAGUUACUACCAUGACACUAAUGGCUGGCCGAUACCUUGACGAAUAAAUCCUAAAAUUUUGUUUGCGACUUCUCGAAGGCCGGCAUUUUGCUGGAAACUUCCAACCCAAGGGCAUUUAUACUGCAACCCUUAUGAUAUAUAUGUUUAUAGUUUUCGUUGUAUCAUGUUUUAAUUUGUCAUUUAAUUAAAGCCACGUUCAAAAAAUAGUUAAUAGAAUAGAUGGUUUGGAAACUCAUUAGAAGAACAAAAUAACUCAUAUCUAUGUUAGUCAACGUUUAUUCAUAAAUCUGGUCUUUUACCGUCACGUGCGUAUUGUAUUUUUGCCCAACUAACCAAUAACAAUGCUUUAGGAAAGCUACAUACUAUAUCCGUGACUCGAAUAAGGUAAAUCAGUUGGAAAUUGCUAUUCGGGUAGAUUUGGAGAAAAUACAAUACACACGUGACGGUAUGAAGGAACAUAUUUAUGAAUAAACGAUGACUAACAUAGAUAAUGAGUUAUAUUGUUAUAUCGUUAUUCUAAUGAGUGUCCAAACCAUCUAUUCUAUUAACUAUGUUCAAACGAGGCCAACAUGUUGGUCCAACAUCAUCCGACAUUGUUCAUGGACUCGAUUGAACACCAUGUUGGGUAAUGUUGCCUGAUCGAUGUUGGGAGAUGAUGGAGCAGGUUUGACUCUGUUUAAAAUUUUCAUCUAACAUUGUGCAACAUCAUCCAAUAUUGAUUUUGAAUUCGUUUGACCAGGGCUCAACUGUUACUUGUGGGAAUAUUGCGUAUACUGAGAAUGUAGCACAAACAUACCUUCAACAUAUCAUGUCUGUACUUCGCCUGAACUUCAUUUUGACCCACUCCACUUGAUCAAACACAACAAACUGCAACCUGAAAACUAUUGCACGAAAAUCUGGUAGAACUUCAAGUAAAGUGUUGACCUUGUUGUAUGCGAAGAAUAAUUAUUAUUACUUCGCAAAGUACAGCAAGCGAAUUCAUGCAUAAUGCGCACAGUUGUUAAGAAUAAUAAUAGACUGAAUUAAAAUUUGAUUUAAAAAACAUAAUUAGAUAUACAUAGAUCCACUGGCGCGGAAUAGCUCUCUCGAGUUGUAAUGCCGUUCUCAAUAAUUAAAGCAACAAAGUUGGGGAGAUGAGAUUCCGAGUAAUUUCGAGUCGCAACACUUAGUUUGGCUUCAUCCUCGUUCCCAGGACUUCUCGGCUGACUGCAACACCACUGUCUGUACGGUUUUCCACUGGAGAAUUUGUUCGCGCGAAGUAAAGUGAAAAACAAAUUUUGCGAAUUUUUUCACUUAGCAAAUACAUUGCCGACAUUUGUUUUUCGCUUCGUGCGAUUUUGUCCCCUGGUGGAAAUUGGGCUUUGCACGUUGUAUUCAAUUUGACUUUUAUCUUUAUUUAUAUUUCAGUUGAAUGUAGUCCAGGAUGCUUGAAUGGAGGUCGUUGUUCGAGGAAAAAUAUUUGUCUUUGUUCUCAUAAAUAUUCAGGAACUCGUUGUGAGACACGUAAGUCAUUAUAUUGUUUUUUCUAUCUGCAUGAUUUGGGUAAAUACCAACCUACAAUGAUCGUGUUUUCUGAUUGGCUUCAUGAAGCAACAGUGAUCAGUUGUUAUGAUGAUUUAUAUAGUUCAUUGUCUUUUAUCGUUAUGAUCAACCAAUCAGAAUGCCCGUUCAUGUAGGUUGAUGGCGACUCUCUGAUUUCUAUAUUUCAAGUGAAUCCGUUAUUCUUACAGCCAUUUUCGUCCAAGCACAAACCGCAAACAUUUUCGCGCGUUUGUUUACGUUUGAAACGUGGCGUUUACCGUUGGAAACGGACAUGUUUCACUGCUCAUUCGACGUGUUAUAGUGAAAAGCCUAAUUCAGUUAUUUUUCAUGUUUUGAUGUGCUUUCGUGUACUUUUCAGUAUUUCCAAGCUCACGAUAUUGUAAGAGCGACCAAACUUGUUUAUAUUCAUACUUUUUGUGACUAAAAUGUAUUAUCAUGGGCUUGGACAUAUUGAAACGUGCACGGAGGCACAUCAAAACAUGACAGUUGCGCCAAAAAUAGCUUAAGGCUUUUCAAUGUGACACGUCACAUGAGCGGUGAAACAUUUCAGUUUCCAACGGUAAACGCCCCGUUUCAAACGUAAACAAACGCGCGAAAAUGUUUGCGGUUUGUGCUUGGACGAAAAUGGCUGUAUGCGCCUUUUUGCAUGUUUACUUUUAAAAGCGCAGAUUAGAAAGUGGGGAUACGAGGUUUUUAUGACCUCCUGCAUUGUUAAUAAAGCUACUGAUCAUUUUAAGCUGCUAAUCUCACAAAGACCUGGACCACUAUCCCCAGGACAUUGGGUCAUCUCUAUUAGUCAUUUCCCAAAGUCCUAGGUCUACCCGCGCAAAUCCCAUGUUGGAGGGACAAGAAAUAUGGCAGCACACAUUUAAAUUAAAUUUUUAAUGCGAAAAGGAAAUAUUUCACUUUUGGUUGUCUAAAUAUUUGAUAGUAGAUACUUCUACUCUUUCACAUAUUUGACGCCUGUCACCAUAUAUUUUGUCCCUCCAAACGAUCCCAGAAUGCACUGUGAUGAGUGUGAUCUCUUUGGGAAAUGGCUAAUUCGCCCAAUGUCUCCUUGCCCCUUACUUAAAUGAAUAUUUCGUGUCUCUAGUUAAUGAAAAAGGAAACACGCGGACAUGGCUAGAAACAACAGAAAACCUAGCACAUUUGACCGGAAAAAGUCUCUAGAAUGCACAUGCAUUAAUUAAUUGGGCUCUAGCUUUUUUCGAUAAAAUUCAGGUCUAAGAACAGUAGCCGUUGACAGUUGACACACCAAGUGGACUGCGUAAUUUAACUGUCAAUAUUUAAAAAGCCCAGAGAACUUAGAAAUAGAGGAUAGUGGUAGGAUAUUUUUGAAGAUGUUAUUACAUUUAAAUGCCGGAUUUGGCGGAUAAUCCAAGUGAGCAUAUAUACACUAUUUAAGAUCUAACCAAGUGAAGUGCAAUAACAUCUUUCAAAUUCAUCUUAUCAUAACCCGCACUGUGAUCAUAGCUGCAUGUGGCGAGCUAGACAUAGCAACAGGACAUACUAUGCACAUUUUUAAUGAUUUGCAUUAUUCAAACCUUUAGGAAUCUAUUGUCUUUAACUUAUUUCGAUGCAGGUUAUUAGUAUAGCAUGACCAGGUGCCAUGGCUAGCCUCGCCUAUGGAUCAUAGUUAGUUGUCAAACCUUCCAAGGUAAUUUUGUGUGCACUCACAGGGAAAAACUUACUUUACUAAAUAAUGAUUAUAAUAAGUUGCAUACUGAAAACAAAUUUGUUCGUCAAACCAUGUAGUUCUUGGUAUUUCAGCGGUAUGUCGACCUGCCUGCAGAAAUAGCGGAAAAUGUGUGGCGCCAAAUCAAUGUGUUUGUCCCGCUGGUUUCUUUGGAACUUCGUGUGAUAGAAGGUAGGUUAACAUAAUCAUGAUAAGCAAAUCAAGUAGUAUAAAUCCAGUGAGCUCUCAGGAAAGUGAAGCCAAGAUGGCGGAAUCGACGUCCAAUAGCUAUGAAGGUCGUAAACAGAUUUAAUACCUGCCAUUAUUCCCAGCUAAUUCCACGUUUUCUGACGGAUCGUCUCGCUAAUCAAGUUAGCAGUUCAUGAAACCAUAAUAGUAUUCUUUUAAUCGAAUUCACUCCGUGCACACCGCGCAGGCAAAGCAAUGAAAAGGGACUGAAAUUGACGUCCAUAUUUGACUUCACUUUUUCAUAUAUAUAUAUAUAUAUAUAUAUAUAUAUAUAUAUAUAUAUAUAUAUAUAUAUAUAUAUAUAUAUAUAUAUAUAUAUAUAUAUAUAUAUCACUAGCCUCCCAAAAAACUUCAUUUAUAUAAAGCUUCAAAUUGAAAAUAUAAACUUCAAAUAAAUAAAUACAUGUUGUAAAGAUAUAUAUAUAUAUAUAUAUAUAUAUAUAUAUAUAUAUAUAUAUAUAUAUAUAUAUAUAUAUAUAUAUAUAUAUAUAUAUAUAUAUAUAUAUGUUGCCUGAUGAUCGCGUAAAGCGUGAAACUCAGAGUAGCGACGCAAACAUUCAAACCUUGACUGAAUUAAUUCCGCUCUACUUAUUAUGGUAUUGAGCGCUCUUCUACCUUACGUCAACUCAUCGACUAUUUUUUUGAAUGUUUAUAUAAUCUCUCAACUAUCUAUGUAUGCACUUAGUAAUUUAAAGAUUUGUUUGCAUCCCACAUUCCUACAAACAUAGAUCCAGAGUACUAUUUCACAUGAGUGUGACUAUGACUAGUUCGGAACAAACAUCAAAGCAGGCUUUGUACGUGCUAUUAAUUGUGGUGUUUAUGUAAUUUUAUUAAUGCAUCUGCGCACAUUCAUUUAUAAGGUGUUUUUCUGCAAAAUUAAUGAAGGUCCUCUGUCUACACAAUAAUAGUUAAUUCACCCUACAUAACCGUAGUUAACCCACUAAUAUAAUCCUAUAUUAUACCUGACACAACACCUUCAUGUGAUCAUGGCUUGAAUCUACAUAAAAUAUUAUUACAUGAAUCAGAUCUAAUGUGCGCCCUAACACCAUCACUACACAGUCAAUCGUGCAUCUAUAAAUCACGUGUAGUUCGACAGACGAAAACAGAGAAUUUACAUACUAGUUAUAACCUGAUAUAGUUAACAGUUAUUCUACGAACUCGAGUCGAAUAUGAGCUGAUAGCCGAUGAGGCGCGUAGCGCCUCAUCGGCUAUCGCUCAUAUUCGACGAGAGUGAGUGGAAUAACUGUUUUAUUAUAUACACAAGGUCUGAAUUCACAAACUUUGCUUUUCGAAUAUUUUCAAUAUUUUUCUAUUUUUUUAUGUUUUUAUCUUCGCUCUUUCGGCCGAUUAUUUUUUCAAAAAUAUAUAUUUUUAACCAUUUUAAAUAUUAAAAAUUUAUUUGCUAACCUGAAAACAAUUUGUGGGAGCUUUUUCAUUGUGUUUUUAAUCCUGUGAAGGCUAUAAAAAGCGACAACUUGCCGUUUUCUCGUUUGCAAAACAUCGUAAAUUCAGUUUGGCCGCCAUUUUGUUUUUCUCUACUAGCAGGAUAUGGGCUAAUACCCUGCUAGUAGAGAACCAAUCAGAUUGCAGAAUACCUCAUAUCCAGACCUUGUGUAUAUAAUAAUCGUAGUUAUAAGCCCAUAUAACCCACUAUAAACUGCACCAUCACCUGAUCAUGGUCUGCACAAUUAAUUAAGGUCGUGUAUCUACAAAACACGUGUAGUUCCACAGAAGAGAACAGUGCACAUUCCUAUUACAACAAGUUUGCCAAAAUGGUGUACUCAUCAUAUAGGAUGGAGACCAUGUACAGAAAAAAGGUAAGUGUUGAUUUAUUCUCUCGUAUAGUUUUACCAUUGAUACUUCUCAAAUUGCAUAUGUGUAGACCUUUAGACAAGCACUCCUGCAGCUUAUUCAUGCCACAAGCAUGUAAUAUUGAAGCAAUUAGGCCUACAAUUGAGUUAGAAAUCUGAAGCAGAUCUUUGACCGGAUAUAUUUUAAAACACCAGAAUUUUUUUACUAGUGGCACGACCUUUCGAUACGACUGGUAAGUCCGGGUCCGGCGUAAUUCACUACAAAUGAUAUGGAACUUCGUGGAUGAAUAGCUGUGCUUAUUGUUUCAAAGCUUUUCCAAAGAAAUUAUUGUGGUUUUGUUUUCAACAAAAAUCAAUCUGUCGUAACUAUAUCACUAUGCAAACACGAAUUUUUUGGGUGCAAGAGUUACGUCAUCACCGCCAUGUUGGAUAACUUUGACAGAGGAUUUUUAUUGUUGCAAAACUUGCUUCCGAAAAGUAUGUUACCUUGGCUAUAGAGCCUCGUUUUUGUGAUUCAGACGUUAGGCUUUAAAUUAACUGAUAUCAGAUCAGACGAAAAAGAGGCUCUACACCAAACAGACGUACUUUUUGGAAAGGUGUAUUCAUAUUCCAUCCAACAUGGCAAAAAGCUCUUUGUUGUUGAAAUCUCUCGCGAUUUCUUGCACCUACCACGAUAAAUAAUGGUGUAGCUGGAAAUUUAAGUAUUUGCCAAUCAAAAUUUAUUUAUUUUUAAUAGGACUGAAUAUCGGACAGUACACAUAACAACAUACCGUACGAUUUACUACUGUGAUUAAGUGAUGAAAACCUGCGCAGAAUGUGUUGAGACUAUAGUUGGGUAGACUGUAGAACACAAUACUAGACCCGGACAUCCUGGUUCUCAACCAGAUUAUCUACCCACCCUGGCUAGAUGCCUGAUUACCUCAAAAUACAGUCAAGAAACGUGGAAUAUAUAUAAACAAUGUAGACAUAUUUGCUAUUUAGAAAGAAAUAUACGUGACGAACAGUUCACAAUAACCCCCAUAAGAUGUGAAAUUUAUAUAACUCAGGGCAUUCAUGAAUUGGAAGCAUGACAAGGUGGUGGUCAACUUCAAAGGUGAAGGAAUCUCUCAAUUCUACUGCAGGAAAUUCUAAGGCCGCGUUUACAUGAGACUGGGACGAAGUCAAACCGGGAUGAAAAUCGAAAUUUUCAAGCAUGUUCACAUGAGAUCGGUACGAAAAUCAUAAACUUUCAAUAUAUUCCCCUUGCUGCCAUUUUCGUUUUUUACAAUGCUUUUGUGAACAUGCAUUCUUGCGAAACCAAAAGUACAGCCAAGACUGGUCUGAAAUGCAUUUGUGUUUACAUUCAUCCCGCUCCGAAUUCAUCCCGGCAGUCUGAAGAUAGUCCGUUCAGUCGAGUGAGCUGGAUGACUUCAGAUCGGUUUGAGCAAUUCAAUAGUUUCUCGCGCUUUCUCUGCGUCACUGUUCCCUACCUCAGGUUGACCACCAUUUGCAUGGUGAAAAUCACGUAUAUCAGUUGUAAUUGUUAUGCAUAAUCUGAAAGCCAAAUAUUUAGUAAUAUAAAUGAAUAAAGUAUUUAGAAUAUUAUAUAAUAUAAAACGCGAUGUAUUAACUGAUAUAGAUAUGCUGCACGAAAAAUAAUACAACUGAGUUGGCUGUUGUCCUUCAGCAGUGUAGAGUGCAACAUGUUUUUUUCCAAUUGGAGACAAAUCAACAAGACGUUCAAUCAGAGGUUUUGUUUUGUCCUUGGGUCGAUUCCCUGUUUCCCAAAUACUUAGAAAACAUUUUGCGGAAUUAGUAAUUCGACCCAUUGAUGGCAAUUCUAUAUGCAAUAAAGUUACAUAACUACGGUAGUAUGGUAUAAAUAAACGUCCGGAAUGGUUCUGUUGCGACUUGCAUGCAACGUCCAUUCUAUAUGCAUCGCCA